CGUGGUUUUUCCUGUCCAAGAUGGCGUCUGUUGUUGGCUGUCUUCUCGUUAUAGGCUUUUUUCAAGGAUCUGUGCUCGGUGAACAGCAACAAAACACACUCAACGUCCCGCAAGUUCUGUUAUCUUACGCUCCAAGAGGAUCUGUGCACACAAAUUUUACACUGAAAGCUUUGCAGGGCUGUUACCUGUGGUAGGUCGAAUUUUUGUGCAAAAUUGGCGCCAUUUUACGGUAUUAAGCUUAAUUAAACUUUAUUAAGAGUUUGACAAAAGCAGCGAGAGUCAUCUAUCAUGUUUUCCUAUAGGUUAUCUAACAGACCUGAGGUUGCUACUGUACAGCCUGUGUACAACAACGAGGAGGAUACAACUGGUAAGGGAGCGUUAUUAUUCAUCCACUCUAAAUUCGAGAUUGCUCCGAAUCUCUCAAUUUAGAAAAAGUUUUCUUGUUAUACGAGCAAAAAAAUUUAAAACAAAUCAUAGGAUAAGAAAUCUUUUUUCUGUAAUUUAAACAGGCAGUUUGAAUUUACGAGAACGAAAUCUUAUUCUAUGAUUUGUUUUAAAUGUUUUUCUUAAUGCCAAGCUGUAACAGUCUCAGGUGGUUGGGUCACGUCAAGUUUAGAGUAUUUACCUAAUCACAUACGGCCGAGCGAACGAAGAGAUAGUUCCUAGUCGAGACAGUUUUGCUCAGCUAGUGUUGGAUGGUUUCAACAAUGCAGACGCAUUAACCCAUUAAGAAUUUCAUUUUGAAAGUCUUGGAAUUUAAUUGUUGGCCAUGGAAAGUCAUGGAGAAUUGAAAUUAUGUUUGUUAGAUUAGUUCGUGCACACUCCAAAACAAGGAAAAAACAAGGACAAAACAGCUUUUAAAAAUGGCACACAUUUUGGUGGAGACUAAAGUGUUAUCUGUUGAAUUGAGUUAGGUAAAAAUACCCCAAAACAGGAUAGUUUUAAAAAUUUUCUUAAAUGACAGCUUUACCUAAAGUCAUGGAAAACUGGAAAAAAUCACAGAAGGUCGCUUUGAAUUCGAAUAUCACUCUUUCCUUUUUCCUUACUAAUUUGGAACUGUAACAAUAAAUAUGUUCAUACUCUCCUGUAGUUCCCUCGAAAUCCAUACCCCAUUCCCGGUAUACACAUUUUAAGACCAAAGGGGUAUGGCUUACAUAAGGAGUACCCCCAGCCCCCCCAGGUAAUACAUAACCCAGUAUAUUUAAGCUAGUGAAGUUUGUGCUGAGGUGCACACAAGCUUUAACUGAAAAACUAUGCAAAUUUAUAGUGAGAAUUCCAUCAUAAUGACAAUGGGUAAUUCCCAAAUAUCCAUAAGAUAUCCCAGGUGGCUUCCUAAUACAGUCAAUCCCCUUUGCCUGUGGAAUUUCAAGACUUUUGCCAUGAACUGAAUAUCAAAGAUUCAUAUGAAGUCUAGUCCCUGACAGUGACGAAGCUACCCAACUGGUUUGAAGUCUGUAGCUGAUGCGACUUGAGGGCGUCUUGCAAAGGUCCUGCCAAGUAAGCAUUUCUGGCUCAGUGGCCUCAAGGAAAAUGCAGUGUGUAUGAGAAGGGUUCAGAAGAGUGUCCAGAUGAGAUAGUAAAAACCAAAAAUUACCUUUCAAUCCACUGAAGUAUGCCGUUUGUAACUGGCGGUAACUUAUUGGCUGAGGUGAAGAAACAAGGCAAUAUUAAGGUUAUGAGACUAGGAGUGGAGUUAUACUGACCCCAGGUGAAAUAGACAGAGUAGGAGCUGCGACAAAAACUGAGCAAAUAGGGUAUGCAACUUGGUGAAAGUUCAUUGAUAGCCUUAUAUACUAACAAUAAGAUUUUGUGAAAGGUUUGAACCCAGGAGUAAUUUCAAAAGUAGGUUGAGUUUGAUCGUCGUCGUGAAUAGGACUGUUGUUGUUGACAGUGACUGACGUUUCGACAACCUGUGCGGUAGUCAUCUUCAGAGUCAAAGUGAGUUGUAUCACGUCAGUUGAUGUUAUUAUACUCUGGUUAUUGAUUUGAUUGGUCAAUUACAUGGUGAUGUUAUUGGCUAUGAAGACUCAUAAUCAGUAAUUGGUGCGUUUCGAUCCGUCUAUUGUCACAAUUAAACAGUCGUCUAUUGUCAGUCAAAUCAUCAUUCUCUCGUAGUUAGUUUUGUUUGAUCUCGUCAAUAAGUCGUUUGUACGGCACUGGUAACUGUUGGCUACGAUUCAGUGGCGUUUGUUCUAAGUUAGUAAACCAGCUUUCUAAAGUAAGACGUUGAUAGUGGUCUGUAGAAUACGUGAUACAUGUCGCAGAGUCCCAGUCAAUUUGAUGUUUCGUCUUUAAAUGGUGCUCAGCAAUGUGAUUGUUGACGUCACCAUUCUUCGUAGCUAGUUUGUGUUCGGUCAGUCGCUUGCUUAGGUUUGUGCUGGUUUCACCAAUGUAAGAAGCCUGGCAGUCGCAGCAUGUGAUCUUGUAUACUGCUCCCUGUCUGUCCUCCGGUUUGUCUUUGUCCUUGACAUUAGUAAGCAGUCGCCGUAAAGUGGUUAUUGGUUUGUGUGCAUCACGUAUAUUGUAAUGUUGUAAUAUACGUGCAAUAGUUUCAGAGGUGCCUCUGAUGUACGGUAUAGUCGCUGUCGUAACAGGGCCAGAGUUCGUCUGAGUGUUGGAAUCAGUGUUACUGUGAGUGUUCCAUCUAACAAAGUCCAUACAGUCCGUAAUAAUUAUGGUAUUCAACUGGCCACCAAUUUAAGUCUAUUAAACUGGUUGUUAUAGGUUCAUACAUGUACUUAGCUUCUGGGUGAAUGUUUUGAUGCACACUGCUCUAUUCUGAACUAGCUGUAGGUGGUUUAAGAGAACUUCAGGUAGUCCAUAUAGAAUCGCAUUACAGUAACUGAAGGUGGUAGUCACAAAAGCAUGAAUAAUUGCUUCAGUAAAUUCACGAUCCAAAUAUGGAUAUGUAGAAGAAGUGUUUGUGAGUUAGGAUGGACAAGUGCGCAUUAUCCUGGAAGUAAGCACAAGGGACCAGAAGGUUAUACACCUAUUAACAAGACUGUUGGAAGGGGGAGGAGGGGUGUAGAUGGACACAGAUCAGGCUUUGAGAGGGAGAGCUGUUUAUGCGAGAAUGCUGGUUAGGCAGCAACUGGUACAAUUUCAAGUUGAUUGUGGUGCAAGUCCAAAUAUUUUACGUCUGAAGUAUGCUGAGGGGGAACGCGACUUGUGUUUGCAAACACUUGUCAUGUGGAAUGGAACUAAAGUGAGGCCUGACGGUUCCUGUGCGUUGCCUGUUGUGAAUCGGAAAACUAAUGAGAAGUACAAGGUCCGGUUUCUAGUCAUGAAAGAGGAUUUGACCCCUCUGCUUGGCUUAAAUGCAACGCAGAAAUGAAGCUGUUAACUGUACACAAGGAAAACUUCAUUAAUGUCAUGGGGAAUGCAAAUGAUGAUCGCACAGCUAAUUACGCGGAUGUCUUUAACAAAGGUCUCUGAACACUUCCAGGAAACGUUCGCCUGCAAGUUGACCCAGAUUGCAAGCCUGUUAUCCUUCCAGCAAGAAAAGUCCCUGCGUCUGUUCGGGAGAAGUUCAAAGAAGAGCUCCAAAGGUUGGAAUGUCUUAAAGUAAUCACUCCUGUUGAUGAACCGACCAAGUGGGUUAGUCAGAUUGUUGUAGCUGUAAAGAAGUCCAGCGAACUGCGUGUUUGUAUUGACCUGCGAUCACUUAAUACUGUCUUGAAGAGGGAAAGUUAUCAAAUUCCCGUCAUUGAUGAUUUGUUGCCCGACUUGACAGAUGCAUGUGUGUUUACAAAGGUUGAUUUAGCCUCUGCUUUUUGGCAUCUGGAGUUAGAUCGCGAGUCUAGUAUGCUCACCACAUUUUGCUACGCCAUAUGGGUGAUAUCUUGGCUCUGCAGCGUGCCAAUGCAAAUGCAAAUGCAUAUCGUUAAAGUCUGCGUUGCAUUUAAGCCAAGCAGAGGGGUCAAAUCCUCUUUCAUGACUAGAAACCGGACCUUGUACUUCUCAUUAGUUUUCUCGCAUAGUUACUAGCCCAAAUGUCAUUUCUGCUAGCCCCAAAAGCUUUUUGACGAGCAGAAUUGAUUUCACGUUCUUCUGUUAUUCGAAUUCCUCAAAAAAACACCACUUGCCCGUCGGGCAAGUUAAAAACAGAAUUACCUAGCCCGAUAACAAAAUCCACUAGCCCCGCUAGAAGAACUGUUGUCCAUACUGAUCAUAAGCCACUUGAGUCAAUUUUCAUGAAACCACUUUAUCGCGCUCCUAAGAGGUUGCAAGGAAUGUUGAUCUGUUUGCAAAAGUACGAUUUGGUGGUACAGCGCGAGAGGGGAAGCAGAAUGUUCUUAGCGGACACUCUCUCUAGAGCUUAUCUUCCCUUGUGUGCGCAGAUUGAGUCAGAGUUUGAGAUAAUCAACAUGAUGAAUUACUUGCCAAUAUCUGAAGCCAGGCUACUGCAAAUUUAGCAGGAGACAGAGCAGGAUGAAUCGCUUCAAGUUCUAAAGGCAGUGAUUCAGCAUGGCUGGCCUGAAAAUAAGAGUACCCUGCCGCUUCUAGCCUCUCCUUACUUCGAUGUGAGAGAUGAGCUGUCUGUACAGGAUGGUCUGAUUUUUAAGGGAGAAAGGGUAGUGGUACCCAAGGCUGCUAGGAGUGGUCUCCUAAAAAGUAUUUACAAUUCGCACCUUGGAGUUAAUGGUUGCCUUAACAGAGUACGUGAGUCAGUGUCUUUAUUGGCCUGGGAUGACAGGAGAUAUCAAGAACUAUGUGUCAACAUGUGAAGCCUGCGGAAAGUACGAACAGGGUCAAAGGAAGGAAACACUCACCAGCCACGAAGCACCUAGUCGGCCGUGGCAAUUCGUUGCAGGAGACCUAUUUGAGUUAAAUGGAAAAGGUUACCUUGUGACUGUGGACUAUUUUAGCGAUUUCUUCGAGCUCGACCAUCUGAGAAGUACAUCCUCUGUCUACAUCAUCAAGAAGCUUAAAGGUCAUUUCGCGCAACAUGGCAUUCCCGAGCAACUCGUUACUGAUAACAGGCCACAGUUUGUCUCGCGCGAUUUCCUGAAAUUUCUAAAGAGUGGGAUUUUGAGCACAGAACCAGCAGUCCGCAUCAUGGUCAGUCAAAUGGAAAGGCUGAGUGCGCCGUUAAGCAAGCAAAGAAAAUUUUGUUAAAGUGCAGCAAGACUGGUUCACACGCGUUUCUUGCUUUACUGGACCACAGAAACACACUGCCUGCGAGUAUGCAAAUCAGCCCAGCACAGCGGCUAUUUAGCAGAAGGACAAGAAGUCUCCUCCCGAUGACUGCCAUCUGUUUCAGACGAGGACGUGACACAUACCAAGCCGCCAACAGCAACAAGCCAAGUACUACAACAGAGGUGCACGAGAUCUCCAGCCCUUAGAGCCCGGAGAUACCGUGCGAGUUGAGCCCUGGCACGCGGGAAGAAAAGAGUGGCAAAAGGGUGUCGUAAAGAGACGCAUUGACAAAAGAUCUUACGAGGUUGAGUUGCCUCAAGGACUCCUUCGACGAAAUCGUGUUGAGCUAAGCAAGUCCAAUGAAGCGCCUAUCAAAGUUGAAGAUGACGACAUCAUAGAGGCGCGCGAGCAGUCAUCCACAGAGACACGCGAAGAUACGCGCGAACAGGCACCUCCAGAUACACGCGUGGAAACAUUUGACCAGCCGCACGAUCUGUUGUCUUCGGUGCCGGACGUACCUAAGUAGCCCAAUCCUUUACAGGCACCGGGAAGGUCCACACACGUCCGUCAGCCACCCAAGCGUCUACAGGACUAGGUGCUUGCUUAAGCCUAAGAACUCUUUCCAAAGAACUGAAUUUCAUUAAUAUGUGCUUAGUCGUUUGUUUUUUAUUUUCCGUUAAGUCGUUUUCUUAUUUCUCUAUAAAAGGGAGGGUGUUAUAAUAUUGUAAUUUUCAUGCCCUGUGUUGAAUUUCUUUGCACAUGCUGCUAGACUCAUUAUAUAUUCAGUUUUGUUUGUACCUUUGGGGCACUUGAUAGAGAUUAAAAUGUCUGUUCAGUAACUGCUUGAACGUGUAGUUUGCUGUGUUAUCACACUGAGUAUAUCCACUAAAGGAUAACAAUGUUUUGGAAAUUUUUUGUUAUAUUAUAUAAUUUUUUUAUUUACUGUGAUAUGUAUAGUUAUUUUUAAAGGUUAUGUAAUGCUGUUGUCAUUCUUUGCCAGGAAAAGUAAUAAAGUCAAGUUUUCUUAGCAGUGCUUAUAUAAAAAGGAAAUAAUAUGAAAUGGUACAUAAAUAUAUCAUAAAUUUCUGUAACUGAGACUGAUAAUGUCUUUUCUUUCAAUGCUACUCUGCUACCAGCCUGUAACAAAAUCAAUUUAAUGCUGUGUUCUAAAGUAAUUAGACUUCAAUUAUUGAAAGUCAAGGAAAACAUCCUGUCCAAAAACUCCAUGGUCAAAUAAGGCUAACUGAUUCCCACUUUUCACAUCACUUGUAUCCCCUUUGAAAGUCUUUUUAGCUGUUCUCUUCCUGUGUCAUUUUCUCAGCAGCCAGACAGUUUGGUAGAAAAUGUUCAAGAGAAGCUCUAGUUACUGCACAGGCAAGGCUUCCAGAGAGACAAAUGACUGAAAUCUUAGCAGAAGAGGAAGGUAAAAUUUCUUUACUCAAAAUGAUUGUCUUUCUUUAAGUGAAAGUUACUGGUAUUAUCUGGCAAGUGGACUUUUAGACUUUACUAUAAUUACCUGCUCAUUAUUAAACAGUCGUGAGGUGUGUACGGCAUUACUCAGCCAAUCAGGUGUAAGAAACUAAACCACAAACAAAUAUAGUACUUAUUUGUGGUGUUGUGUCCUGAUAUUUGUUGUAUUGUAUGCAGUCACAACACAAUAAAGAGUUUGAGUAAUUGUCAAGAGUAGAGAGUCAAGAGUCUGAUAAAGGCAAGUCGGAAGUCUGACAUAAGACAUACUCAAUGCUUAGAGAAAUAAAUAGUUACGUUGAGUCGUUGUUUGUGUUCAGUUGUGUUCUCAGCUGAUGUUUUUUUAUCCUUAUAUUUCGGUGGUUGUCAAUAUUUACUGUCUUCUUCGGUUCAACAUUUCCCACAAAAUUAAAAAAUUGAUAACAACAACCUGAAAUUUCAACAUUGAAAGGAAGUAAAAGGAAGUCUGCAUGGACUCCCAAAGUGGUUUUUGUGGUUACGUCACAUCAUCCGGCAACUGCCGUCAAGUUACAUUUUUGCUCUUACCUCUUUUGUAGGAUGACAUCGGAGGUCUUUUAAAAAUUGUUUUUAGCAGAGGCUGAUUUUCUCUUUGACUCCAGUUUGCCAUCAAUGUCUUUUUAUUAGAUCUUGUACCGCUGGGUGAUAUGUUGUAACGAAAGGAAAUAGUCUCUCUAUACUUUUUUGCUUUUGUUUUAGUGCCGAUUGUCUUAUAAUACAGUUUGUUUAGGAUACCUGCGUGCUUCAAGGCAUUGUUAAAAGUUCACAAAGCACUCUUUAAAUAUUUUUGAAGAGUUUGUUCUAACCAUUCUUAUUGCUUCACCUGUAAUAAAACCUCUUUUUACCCCCGGAGGGUGGUAAGAGGUAAAGUGUGUACAUGUAUAUUGCAAGGUUUUGGUCGGCUUAUAGUGGGUUGUGAUGUCCAAGAUGGAUUUCUCUGUGAAUCGCUCUCUUUUGAAAACUACAUGUAUGGUGAGUUUCAAGGAAAGUUAUUUCAUUCUUUGAUAUUUUGGCCGUGAACUUUAUUGUGAGAUGGAAUUUGUUAGUUUCUUUAAUAAAUCGUGUUGGAAGUUGUGUAUUUUUUGCUUUAUACUUUAGCAGUAACAAAGUGCAUCUCACUGCUGUUAUUCAGGGAACAUGGCGAAAUAAGUUAUUUUUUAUCAAUUAUACAUAAAUUAUUAUUAUCAUUAUUAUUAUUAUUAAUUAUCACAAUUAUAAUUAUUUAUUAUUUCACACUCUUGACAUAUCACUCUCGACAAUCACUCUUGACAAUUACUCAGACUCCACAAUAAAUAUUUCUGAGUUACAUUACACACAGGUUUUAGUUGUACAAAGUAUUUCAGGUGUUCUCAGGUUUUUUAAGUUUUGAUCAGCUAUAACAAAUAUUAUUAUGUACAUACCCAUUUAGCAGCUCGCGGUGAAGAUAUCUGCCUGUACAUUUUAGAUUACAUUUCAUGCCUGUAUUGGAAUGGACUACAGAAUGACUGAUCUACUGCAAAAUUCAGGAGAAGCCAAGGAAAGAAUUGCUAACAUUACUUGAAAGAAACAUUUAUGUAUCUGUUCUAUACAGUUGAAAAAAUAAUGCCAUGUGGUAUGUUUAUGGCGGUUAGUCAUUAUUUCCAUUUCGGUCCACACUUGUGAACUCCUCUCAGAUGAUCAGCAGCAAUAUCUGGUGGGAGGUAGGGGUAUUUAGCAAAGCUUGUCAGCUACUGGAACAGUUCACUGUCUACAGGCCAGCUGGUCUCACUGGAGGUCCUCUGAGAUCCUGAGAACUCAUCAUCCUUAGCUGCAGUUAUUAAGAGCACUACGACUCUUAAAUCAAAAUGUCACAAACUUAUUCAACGUUGUUAUCUCUUUAGUGACAAGUAUGAUUUUGCGAAGUGAUGUCUUUGUGGACACUAUCAGUAAGAUCGAGAUCUUAACUACCACAAGAGAGUUGCUGCUUGGAGAACCUCCAGAAGUUUGUCAUAUACAGGCAUUUGACACUGAAGGUAACAAUAACAUCUUUAUAUAGCAUUGUUUAAAGAAUUAACAAUGUAACCUUUCUAGUAAAUUUAUCUCUACCACAUCUGUUAGAGUCGUUUUUCAGAAAGUGGGGAUUUAACACAGUUGACAGUUUCUCUCAGUUGUGUCAGACAUCACCAGAUUAGAAAGGGUGGUGUAAUAAUGGAUAAAACAUUGUCUUGAAAAGAGCUUGUGAGCACAGUGGAUAAAAAGAUCCCCUCUAGAUUAGUAUUAGUGUUUCAAGGGCAAAAAGUCCUACCAAAUUCUGCUUGCAUGGUUGUCUAGAAUAGCUCCUGUGGUGUGUAUAAUUGAGGGCCAUUGCUGUCAAGUUGUAUUAGGCUGGCACCAUCUCUAUGCCAUAACUUCCUAAAAUCUGUACUUGCUUAAUAUCAAAUAAUGCAUCUGCUGAAUGGCAUGUUAUCUGCGGAGCCAGACUCUGUUUAAACCUGCUCUUUUAUUGCUAAACCAGAUUUUCUGUAUAAAUAAAUAAACUAAUUAAUUAAAUAAAAUUGUCCUCAAUUAUUUUGCCUUGUCUUUACUCUUCAACCGCUGUAGUUCAUAAAAGUGAGAGCAAAAUGUUCAAAACUCAAGUGAAGCCAUAAUCUACAAGCAACUGGUUUUACUGCAAAGCAGUGAGCAGUGUUUUGCUCUGCAUAGGAGUGUUGCAUAUUGGAUUGUACAAGCAUACAUUUACUUUGUUUAUAAGUUACGCCUGCAUUAGAAAUCACUUAAAUAUGUUAUUAGAAGGUUGAACAGCAAGAGAUUCCUUCUGGGUCUAUUUUCUUUUUGUUUCCUUUGGAAGUAAAGGGGUAGGCAGGGAUCAGGAAUUGGAAUUCAAGCUUUCGCCGAUCAACAGCAUAAUUAUGUAAUAAGAAGCAGGGCUGUGCUCUAGCAGAGCUCAGUGGCCCCUGGCACCUAACUUUUGCUCUUGGGCGGCUGGGAAAUACAAAUCAUAUGCUGGGCACCCUUGAUUUUACAGGUUCAGAGCACUGGGCUCCCCUCAGUUUUCCUUAGAGCACAGCCUUGGGAAGGUCGAACAGCGAGAAAUUACAUGAUACCAUUAAUCGGUGAAAACUUGGUUUCCAAUUUUACUUUUUAAAAGCCGCAGUUUAUUAAGGCCACGUCAUUAGAACAAUAUUUUUUAUUUUUAAUCAUGCUACUGAAGGACAACAUGAACAGAUUAAUAAAACUUUUUACUAGGGUACAUUUUCUCUAUUGUUUUAGGGUCUGAAAGCAAAAGGUACACUUGUAAAUUACACUUGUAAAAGUUUUGUUAAAUUGACCCCUGGCUUGUAAAAGAUGGGGGAAAUCCCCAGCCCUUAGAACUUAAUGAAAGUACCCUAAUUUGCCAUACGAAAUACAAGGUUAAGCAGCAAAUAGUUAAAAUGAACUUCUGGAUUGUUGCUUUUGGAACAGGUAAUGUGUUUUCUAGUCUGGAUGGUGUUGAAUUUGUUUGGGAACUUAAAACUGUGGAAGGAGUUGGAUCAGUUAAUGCUGAGUCUGUCUUACGGUGAGUUAUGUACCACAGGGCUCCUGGCACAGUCCUGAAAAGAAUGUGUAUAAGUUGUUUAAAAUUAAUAGAACCUUGAGAAGUGCUUAAAUUCUCUAAAAAUUAUUGGAAAAUCUUUGAGAUACAUGUAAGUAAUGGUGUAUGGAAGAAUUAAAGAGAAUUUUUAUCAGCAUGGAUCUUAGCAGUGUUCUUCCUUUCUAAUAAAAAUUGCUCAGCAAUCUGCAAAAGUGACAAAAUAACUUCAGUAUAUGUAUCUUACUAACAACAACAACAAGAACUACUUUAUUAUUUUGUCUGGGUGGUUUACAGACUGAAAUUAACAUACUAUACAUGUACAUGUAGCUAACUACUAAACAAAGGUAAGUUAACAGUUUGCUGAAGUACCGUGUAUCAUAAAUUAAAGAAAACUAACAUGAUUGACACUUGUGAUGAUCUAAUUAUGUUACUCACUCCUUUGUUUGUUGUUUUCCUUUCAGGUUUAUGCAGUUUGAGUUUUCAAGCUAUGAAACCUGUCCCGAGAUAUAUUCUUUGGAAGAGAAGGUUUUUAUUGUUCAUAUACAUGUGUACAUAGUAUCUACUGGUACACGUGUGUGGGCUGAAAAUAGACUUUACAUGUAGUUGUCUUCUGAAGUACAGUGUAUAGUUGGGUAGUAUUAUAGAGGAUUCUUUCCUUGAAUAAUUAAUUUUAAUAACUAAUUACAGUUUUAUGCUGUCUUAAAUGGUAGGAAAGACUGAUACAUGUACAUGUUGACUGGUAAUUCUUUGUUGUUGUUGUUUUUUUCACACGAAAGUGCUUGUUAGGGUGACACCCCAACCCCAGGAGUAACAAAAUAUUAUUAUGACUUCAUCCUCACUAAUGGUAAAAUGCAUGUACAUGUACAUGGAACAAAAUACAUGGAACAGGACCCUGAUAUUUUCCCCCUGUUUUAACGAUAAUGAGAACUUUCCAUUCACUUUGUUCACUUUGAUAUAAUUAUUAGGGUUGCACUGAUUUUGUUGGAAUGGGGACUUGGUAGGGAUUCUCUGAGUUUUCAUUUAUCCAAGAUACAUGUACCAGUACAGUAAUUACUAACUAUGGGAAAUAGCGGUGCUUUGUGUUAUUUCUUAAAACUUUAAAAUAACAAAAAUGUAGAUAUAAUGGCUCACUACAGCACAAUCUAAACACAAAUGGACAUCCAACCAAUAAGUUUUUGGGAGCAACAACAACUGCCAGUAAGUGGGGAAAAUGUUACAAUCUACAUCUGUAUUAAGAUUUUGGUGCUUGUGACAGCCACCAAAUUGUAGUUGUACAUUCACCCAAGUGAAUUCAUUCCUUUUCACUAAAAGGAGAGCUCAGUUUAACAUGAUACUUGAAUCUGAUUGUUUAGGGUCCUGUAUCAGUACUACUGACUCUGAUCAUUACAGGUACUAUCUUUAUUUAAGGGCUCUCGUGGAAGCAGUAUUGUUGUUGAACCAAUAAACACUGGAACGGCGAUUGUCAAGGCAAAACUUAAGGAUAAAGCCUUUGCUGUAAGUGAUUUUGUUCGAAUAGCAGAAGAGUGUUAUUACAGUAAAAUCCUGCCCUACAACCUCCCCCUGUACGUGACUAACUUGUUACUGCAACCUCAUUUUUUUGCCCUACACUUAUAUUUUCAACUCUUAAUAUUUGAAAAACCUUUAGUAUGAUCAACGCUCAAAUGCAACCAGAGUUUCGUGGCUUAGCCUGCGUAGCAGGCCCUUGGAAGUAGUGGGCGGAAGAAAAAAACGGGCGCGCAAGAAGGAGAUACGCGAGGGGAGAGGGAGCGCCUGCCCGGAAGGCCCAUGAAAAUCAUCUCCCACACCCAACCUGAUUACCUGGCAGGCGUUGCGUGACAUCAAAAGUUUUGACAGACAUUUCUUACUAAGCAGACCUAAACUUCAGAACUGAAACUGUACCGAGACGUUUUCUACUGUAGUAAUGAGACAUAAACAACAGACCUCAGGUUGACUCUGAACGGCGAAUAAUACAAUAGUGAAAGGUUUUUUCAAAUUCAUGCCCCUGGUAAGUGUUUCAUUUCAUCAAUCUUUAUCAUGUCCAAGUUUAGAUGGUAUGCGUUCCAUCGACAACACAAGCCGCCAAGUUCUCCUGAGCAAAGAAUAUUUCUUCUGAUCUUCAUUGCAACGAUUCGACAAAUCUUUGUCUUCUGCCGCUUCUGUUAAUGCGUAUCUGAUGUCAGUUCUUUCCAUUGUGAAUACCGUUUGAACACUCCAACUUUUCUUUGAGAUUACAGCCACAUAGUCGCAUUAAACCAGAUUGAAGUGACCUCCGAGACCUGAACUUUGAUUGUAUACAAAAUAGUGGUUUCAGGAGCUAGUGGUGUAAUAUAAGACCUUCACUACGUUGUCCAUGUACUAUUGAUUGACAGUUUUCUCACCCCGCUUGGUACAUUUUUCCCUCGGGGGCCUCUCGACCAAUUGGAAAUAUCCGCACUCACAGAAUGCGAGUGGCAAUAAUUUUCGGGGGCCUUCCGUGCAGGCGCUGCCUCACCCCUUGCGUGUCUCCCUUGCACGCGCCUGUUCUCUCUUUCGUCCUCUACUUCCAAGCGCCUGCUAUGCAGGCUAUUCGUGGCUUUUUUUGGUCGCUUAAACAGGGUUUCACUGUGUUAAAUGUAUUACAAAGUGAAACUUUUGCUUGCAAUGUCAUGUGUCCUAACUUGGAUAAGACAUCAUGACCGUUCAAAUAACAAACCCAUUGCAGUACUUGAAGCUUUUCAGUGGUAACAGAUUAAAGUGAUGUGGGAGUAUAGUUAUUUUCUGACAAGUUUUUUGCAAAUGUUUAGAAUGUACCUCCGGCUCAAGUAAAGCUUAUUGUACUGGAUAAUGUGAUGUUGGUACCAGGACAUGAUAUGUACAUUCUCGUUAACACGUCAAUCACAUACAGCGUCAUCAGGUUGCGACAAGGCAGGGCAGCAGGUUAGGUUUUUGUUGUCUAGUUACUGUAGCAAUGCAUAGCGGAGCUCCACACGCGCAAGCAGAGCCCCAUAGCUAAGAAAAUUGGUUCUCUAUCCGUGCAAGAAAAUUUGGCAGUCACGUGACCACAUGUCUGUUAGUCCAUCAAUCUGUCCGUACCACAGGGGAACCAAUGUUAAAUCACAUUUUCUAGCUGGUGUGGGAGCCUGCAACCUGAUAGUGCACAUCCAUAUUGUGGUCAAUUGACAGCUGUCAAAACAGGGUAUCUGCUGACCAGUGUCACAUGACCGUAUCACAGGAUCAGGUGUCGACCCUUCAAGUUUGCAUGCUUUUUUAAAAUUAUCUGCUGACAAGUUACUGAUUUUCAAAUGAUCGCAGGCUCAAGUUAAAUUUUUUUUCAAUGCACAGGCAAUAAGUUGUGUCCAUAAGCCAUGCUAUUUAAGUUUUGAUUUCAAACUGACUUUAGACUCGAAAAUUCAGCUAGUUUUUACAGGCAGGGAAGGCAGUUGCUUUUGGCUUUUCUCACUGUGGUCACUUGUUGGUUAUGCUCUACAUCCCAUUUUCAUCUCUGAUUGGUCAAAAUUUGAUAGGUGAAUUCAUGUCAAAAAUCUAUGCUGCAUCUGGAAACUUGUUUACUGAUAGCUGAAGCUGACAGAGUUUUGUGUCAUCGGAUGAUGUUAUUAACUGUCUUUUUCCUCGUUUUCCCAUGAACCAAAACUGACAUUAUAUAUUUCCAAAAAAGUCAUUAGUUAAAGCUUUCAGCACCAUGAAGCACUCAUUGUCAACAAUAAGAAUAAAUUACAGUGGCGAAAUGAAAAUAAGCUUAUGUGAAUUAUUAGUAGGUACACAGUCUGUAAGACUAAUCCGGAACACAUUAAAUAUCAUUAUCGUACACAAUGUAUUUGUCCAGUGCCUCCAAAUAUAAUGAUUUCUGGUGUACAUUCUUUUGUACAUUCAGGUUCACGGAUGUUUAGCAUUGUAUAACCUUUAAUGUUCACGUUACGCACACAACAGAUAAACACAUACAGUGCAGAUAAACUUGCGAAGAGUGGAAUAAUUAUUGUUUUUUUUUAAGUAUAGUUCCUUUGUAUUAUACUCAGAUUAUAUUUAUUCUGGGCUGAGGAAUUACUUUAUAUGCAGGGAAAAAUGCAAAACUUGAAAAUUAACUACGGAAAGUGAGCAUAUUUAUAAUUUUGUGACUGGAAGUGCGUGAACCCCGAUGUGUAUUUCAAUGUGCGAAUUGUAAACAACGGUUAUAGUUGCAUUUCACCCAGGAUUUCAGAUCAAAGUUCCGCAAUACACAGUAACUCGUUACAUACUAAUAACAACAGAAAAACUGAACAGCAGGGAAAUUUUAAUUUAUUUCAUUUUCAAUGCAAUCGAAUGUGACCUGUUAACUCCCCAAUCAGUUCAGGCAUUUCAUGCUCUGAACCAGAACGUGCUACAUUACUUGCAUGUGAGACAAUUUCCGGUAACCUUAACGGCAGCUUCACCUUUAGCCCUGGCUAAAUCUAUAUAUCAGAAUACUGCUAUGGUUAUUGAAAAAGUCCUGGUUUUAAAUGAAGAUUUAUGGAGUUUUCACCAUCCUGUUUCGCUCACCUCUCAUCUGAUUUCAUUUUCUUUAACAGUUGUUCCAAUGCCAUCUUCACAGUUUGAGUUUAAACUGAGCAAUACCUCUGUGGCUCAACUAGAUGUCAAGAAGUCAAGUGUGUUGGGUGUUAAGCUAGGCUACACAAAAGUAACUUUAGAGGACAAAAGUAUCCUUUGUGAUUUAAAUAAAGAUGAAGCUGUCAAAUUCCGGUGUGCUAAUGUCAAUUGGUGGUUCCAGAAAAUAUCAUACUUGUACUACAGAAGGCAUCUCAGAAUUUUGAAGGGGAGGGGAGGGGUCAGUGAACUGGAAUUCCGAGUCAGUGGUGGGCAUCGUUGGACUGCAAUUCCAAAGGCUUGGGGGCAGGGGCUUUCAGCUCUAGAUCUCCAAGUCAAGCCAGGGCUCUGAUGGUAUGCUGUAUUGGGUGGAGUUGCAAAAGCCUAAGCCCACUCACAUUUGUUUUUUUUUUUUUUAGUUUUCAUUUGUCACGCAAUGCCUGAUGAUCCCUACUACUUGCAAACUCGUGUGAUGGUUUAAAACAAAAACUAAGUUAUGAAAGUACAGUCAAGGCUGUUCACUAUUCUUUUAACAAAUAAUAUUUAUGUGCGUGCUUAUUCGAUAACCUGAAACCAGUGAAAGGCACUUAACAUUAGCAAUCCAAACUUAUGUCAAAGAAGCUGCAGGAAGUGUGUUGGGGCUUGUUUUAUGGUGUUUUUCAAGAAUGUCCCCCUUGCUUUCACUUUCCAAAUCAUGGACUUUGGCAGAUUAAUAAAGAAAGACGAAGAGCUUGUUUGAUCAGGUCUUUGCAUUGGUCUUUCAGAAAUAUUAAUGCAAGUUUAUUUUGGAGGAGUGAAUAGAUAAAAAGGUGGUUGAAAGUUAGAGAUGUUGGAAGAAAAGACGGAAAUUCCUGAGGAGUUUGGAAAUUUAUAGAAUUCCAAAGGCAUGAAGUUAGAACAGUUUGGAAUUACAAAGGCAAGGGAGGAUUGAGCCUUUUCGAAGUUCCAAUAGCAGGGGAGAUAUAGAUGAAGUGUAUGUUCUGGCCACAGGAAGGACCUUCCUUAUAGUUUCUGAUCUAAGGCACGCCUCUUGACUGCUACGUAAAAGGCCGCCAUCCUUCACUUUAUCCAGCAUUCCCCCUCCAGGUCUUCAAAGUGGUCUCUUUCCUAUUAUUAUCCCUUUAAUAACUAAUCGAGCAACAUCACCAUGCCGUAGGGUAUGAGCAAGCCAGACUGUCAUCUGUUGAUUACAGAAAUGUACGCCCUCUCCUUAACGACGCACCUCAAUACUUCUUCGUUACAGACUUUGUCAGACUAGGAAAUGUUGUAGACCUUUCUCCAAACUGGGCCACCUUUCACAGCUCUCCAGCCUUCGUAUGUCCUUUUUCUUCAAGUUCCACUAUUCGGCUCCAUACAGAAGAGUGCUCCAAGUGACAGUCCAUAUAAUUCUCUUCUUCAGGCAAUUAGGCUGAAGGCUUUUGUCAUCAGUUCUUUUCUUUUAGUAAAUGUGUUCUUUGCUAGGGCUAUUCUCGAUCUAACUUCCUUCUCACAGGAUCCAUCCUAAGUGAUAAGGCUCCCAAGAUAGUUAAGAUGCGAGUCGGCAAAAGAACGUAAAAUGAAAUAAAUAAAUAAAUAAAUAAAAGGUAGCGCCUAAAGGAUAUAAGGAAGGAAUUGCAGCAGCAAUUGUUGGAACGCUAACAUAACAAGGAAAUGUUACCUUGACACAAUAUUCAGAUAUGCUGCACAUUCACAGUGUUCAUCAACCUGCUGCUGGAGUUUAUGUGGUUGAACCAGCAUUCUUAGGUUUGUAACAACUAUAGUAGUACAGGCGGUUUACUCUAGCAGAUCUUACUGGGCACUUCGGGGGCUGGCAAGUCGUCUUUUUUAAGACAGUUAUCUGUGAGAAAAUUGUGGAACAUUUAAGAAUAAAAAUCAACGAUAAAAAUUUUUUGAAUGACGUUUCGAUGACUCUCUUUGAAUGCUUGAUCUACGAAAUGCUUUUUAUCCAGGAAAAGAAACCCAAACUGAACACUCAAUCAGACUCAAUAAAAGCGAAACUAUUUAGUACCUAAUUAACACUCACUACAUUCCACAUUGUAGUUUUUAAUCACGUGCAACGAGACUUCACACGCAUUCUUAAUAUAUAAAGAACUUUUAACAAUCUAACUCUUUAGAAUUUGAAAAUGAUGAGCGAGUCAUCGAAACGUCAUUCAAAAUUUUUAUCGUUGAUUUUUAUUCUUAAAAUUGUGGAACAGCAAGGAUUUAAUAUUGGUACAUAUUUUUUAAAGUUAAGUGUUAUCUUAACAAUUGCCAUUAUGAUCAGAAUUAUUGAGAUCUCUUUGCUUUUGUAAUUCUUGAACUACGUUCGUAACAUUAAUUAGUGAUGUUAAAUUAAAAAGGAAGCAAAUUCUUGAGCUUUUGUUACUUCACUGAGAACCAGCAUUCUGUACUGUAACCAGCUAUUUAAGCAUAUGAAGUAUUUUUCGCCUCCAACUUUACAUUAUCAAAGUACAUAGAAUUAUAACUAUAUCCACUUCUCAGGUUUUAGCAUCACUCCACACUCCGACUGGUUUCUUGAAGUUGGUGUUGAAUAUGAUGUGUCUGUGCAACUUUACACACACGAGAAUCGCAAGAUCUAUAUCACAGAUGUAAGUACAGCCUGACAUUUGCCCCUCUACUAGCUGCUCUAGCCUGGUUGCUCAGUUUCCUGCAGGUACAUGUAUUUUUAAAAGUCAAUUAGCCGGAACCAGUUAGUGGGCCAUUUCAAGCGUGGUGGAAGAGAUGAACCCUUAAGGACCAAGAAACAAAUGCAACUUGUGGUCAGGACAUGUCUCAUACCCUCUGAACAGUUUGCUGCUUGACUACGCUGCUAGGGCUUUCAUGUAAAAUUUCACUUCUCCCGAGUAAUUAAUCAUCAGUAAGCAAUUAUUUUAUUUAUUGUUAAUGUGCCUUCUUGGAUGCUGAAUUUAAAAUUUAAAGCAGAAGACUUGGCUACUAAAAGAUGAAACUUUGAGAAUCCUGUGAUUCACACAAUUCUUACACAAGCCUGGAUUUUUAAACCAAUUUUAGGAACUUGACUAAUGUGCAGUGCAAGAUGUUAUGUCCUGAUUUUAGUUCUAUUUCUUUUGAUUAAUUAGAAUAUUCAGAUUGUAGCUUCCUUUGAUGAUGCAUACUUUAAAGAAUUGUGGUCAUCAAAAAAUGGCUCAUUCUACCAUGUCAAAACACUUCAGAAAGGAAAAACAGUACUGACUGCUCUUCUCACAAGUAUUAAGGUAAGAUCCAGUGCCUUUCAUUCCUCAUAUAACCAUUUAACUGUAAUUGUCCUUGUUUACAAUGUCUGCCUGGACCAGACGGCCAUGAUAGUGAAUGAAACUAUCAUCAACUAUCAUUUCCUAUCAAUGACAUUAACUAUCACUGACUAUGUAUAUUAUAUUUAAUAUUAAUAUUAAAGGCAGAUCGAAAGGGUGCUCUUACCAAGAAACUGAGUAAUCAGAAAUAUACUGCAAAUACAGUUAGAGCUACAAGAAUGGAUGAAAGAUGAUAGUCAUUAUUGAGGAAUCUUUAUUGUGAUAAUCUUUAUUGUGGGACUAAUUAAACUAACUUCACAUAACAAAAAACACGAAAUAAGAAACAAAUACCACAAAUUCUUGUGGCUACACUUAAUAAAGGGGAGAAAAAUCACAGAAAUCAGUUAAAUCAUUCUUGCUGAAAAACGGCAUUCAAACAUGUAACCAGCUGCCUAUUAAAUAGGUUCAGGCCACCUUAAAUUAAGUUUUAUUCAUUUUUUCUUGAAGGUUAUCAAAACAAAAAUGUACUUCUGUCCGAUACCAUGGUUCGUGUUAACAGCAAUUAUGAUAAUCUUGAAUUCAAUACCCUUACUACAUAAAAUCUGGCGACACUUAAGCGAUUUUUUUUAGAAAAAUCGCUAAAUUUAAAUGCACCAAAAUUAAGUGUCGCUAAAUUAAAGUGAGUACAAUAUGAAAUUCCGCCAUCUGGUUAGUUUCAUACACAUGCUAUUUGACGGUCGCUUGUGACGUGUAUCAUUAACUUUAAGUAAAAGUGUACCUUAAAUAUGAAUGAGGACAGCAUUAAGAUAUGACAUUACAGCUGCGGUUUCUUUUGUUUCGUUCAAAAUUAAGUUUCAGAACGUUGUAUGUUUUUGAUUUAAAUGAAGCCAUUGAUGUUUGUAAUUUUAUCACAUAAAUGUUCUAUGGCCGUCGUAAAAGUUUUGAAUACCUUAAUUCGCCAAAGUUUCAGUUCGUGAAAUCGCUAAAAUUAAGUGACUUAUGUUCCAAAAUUUACGAAAAAUCGCUAAACUAACAUGUCGCUAAAAUUUCACGUAAUAAGAUAAUUCAAAGGCUGCGUGCAAACAGACGCAACAAUUCCCAACAUUGUUGCUCCAACAAUGUUGGGACCUGCAGUGCAUCGUGGGAAGGAUACAACCCAUAAGUCUUUGUAAACCAUGCGUAAUGAGCGUGCGUGGCCCCAACAAUGUUGGAAGAGCUGUGCAAACGGAUCCAACAUUGUUGCGCUACGCUUCGGCGAUCACGGAACAAAAAAAAAUUUCGGAGUUGUUAGCAGAAAAGUUUGACCGGUUUCAAACUUUGUGCAAGAACAUGCAACAACAUCCAACAACAUGCAGCAGGGUUUGCAAACGGACGCAACAUGUAACAUCCAACAAUGUUGGGAGUCGUUGGCCAACAAUGUUGCGUCCGUUCGCACGGGGCUUAAGCCUGUAUAUAUAACUGGUAACCAACGUAAAAAAUCUGUGGGGUAUUAUGACAGAACUCUUCUGGCUUUGUUCCAAACAGGCUGAACUCUUUCUUUUGAAUUGCUAGGCUGAACUCUUUUUCUUUUAAAUUAUAAGCGAGUUUGAAUAGUCUUAUCUCUAAAUUCAUAGCUGAGUUAGCAGUAUUGUGUCCUUGGUGUUAUUUCAAUAUUAUUGUUGUUUCUUCAAUACAUGGUAGAUACUUGGAACAGAUACCAUCCAUACAUUUGAGCAUCCAAUCUCAGGACAGCAGGAAGCUGAGAUUUUUGACCCAGUGGUUGUUAACCCUGAGAUUGUACUUUUCCCAUGGUAUCCGGCACCUCAACAGAAUGUUGCUGCUCCCAAUCAAUACCAGUUUUUGUUGCAGGUAAUAAUAAUAGGAUGUAAGAUUGUUAUUUUAGCCAUUUUUUGAUUAUAAUUUGCCUCCAAAUUAUUGGGUGUAAGGUUCUUACACUCACUCAGUUCUCAUUCAGACCCACGUUUGUUUAUCACCAUGUAAGAAAAUUUUAAAUUAGUUCAUGAUCCAGUAAUAGUCUUUAUUUUAGGUGACAUGAUGUUGUGUUUGUGAAAUUUGCCACCCCUUUAUUGCAAUUACUCCCUUGAAUUGCUUUCCAGUUUGGGAUUUUUUCUGGUAACUUUUAGGUUCAUUUUUGGACUGCCCUCUCAGGUUUUUUUAAUUUUAAAAUCCCACAGAAUAUUGUAUGUUCCGUCUCCACCUUCACUGUCUUGUCCAGAAUUCUGUUCUUACCACUUCUCAGAAGUGUAUCAUUGUUUCAACCUUGACAUGUCGGUUUUUGCGGUGUAUCUGUGCUAAUAUCUUAGCGCACUGUCAAUCACACACUGUUUGCUUCCGAUAUCAGAAGUUUCAGCCAAAUGUGUUAGCAAAAUUUCUUCCUAGGUGCAAUUUUCUCUGAAUGAUAGGCUACACUUAAGUGCUAAUUUCGUAAAAAAAAAUGUUUACGACCAGUAUAUAUUGCCGAUUGAAAUCUGUAGACUUAGGAAUAAUUAAGAAAUGGUAAACGUGCAGCGUGCAACCAUGGAGUUAUGGAUGCACGCGGAAGGUUGCUAAGCACGAAAGAAGCGUAGCCGAGUGCGACUCUAGCUUCUUGAGUGCUUAGCAAACCUCCCAAGUGCAUCCAUAACUCCAUGGUUGCACAGCUGAAACGUUUACCAUUUCUUUUAUAACAUAAUCAAAAAGAAAACAUUUCCAUUUGCCUUCGGUUGAGUCAUCGGUACGAGUUCAUGUAUGCUGCCAUCUGCCCGCGCGUAAACAAAUCAUGUUCUAUGUUUUUCAAAAACUUGCCUUUGAGUUUUUCUUUCGCUGAAUCAACCGUUCUCCAUCUUCAGGUAAAUUGCAAAACGUGUUUUGUUGUUAUUCUGAAUGGCAUCCGUCUACUUGCUCUUAAUAUUAGGGUAAAAACUUUGACGGAAAACUAUAGCUGCAACUAUAAACACCAACUAAAAAGACUCUAAAAAAUAAGCUAAAACUAAAUAAAUGAAAUAACUAUCAAGCUUAUUUAUGUGACAAUUUUUGAAAUAAACGUAAAGCUAGAAAUGAGAAAAUUUGACUGUAAUUCCUUUAGAAUAACAGAUAACACUAAUUUUAAAAAGAAAUUAACUAGCUUUGUAUCGAAAUCUGUCUGGGGAAAUCCAGCUAUGAAAGUCAAAGUUGCAACUGAAAUUCGCCGACACACAGCCGGCGCUGAAGCUCAGUGUUGUUUUUCGACCGUUCUCUGAACGACUGUUAUGAAUGAACACUGAGGAACAAAAUAAUACACACAGAAGUUAUUUUUUGAAAAAUUUAGUUGAAAACCCAAAUGUUUCUGUACUCAAAUGAAAUUCGCUUAUUCCAGCGUAAUGUGCCCGUUUAAACUCAACUAAAAUUUUUAAUUGAUGCGAUGAAAACUUCACAACAAAGCUGUCUCGAAUUUGAGCGUGUUUCCUAAAAUAUUUGCUUGAAUUUAGCAUCAGCUUGACCAAAAAGUCAAUAAAACAAUCCUAAUUGAUAAAUUUACAUUUCAAACAAACUUUCUCUUCUAUAAAAAACAUACAAAAUGUACCUUAAAUCUUCGCUCGCUCGAUUUUCCUUCAGCCGAUUCUAGCCGCGAGGAAAACAGUAAUUAAUUCAUCCAGGGCAAAUUUGUCGCUUGAUCUUUUGUCUUUUGUGCUUCAAAACGACAGCUUCGUAUUUUCUUCAACUUCCACUUUUCAUCUGUGCAUUUCAUCGGUGUAUUUUACCGUCAGGAGAGGAGAUUUGUUGAAUUUGCCUAAAGUUUACCGCGCUAGCUCAGUUUCUUCGCGUGCAACCACGGGCAAAUGGUAGUGGCGAACUGACCAAUCAGAGCGCGCGAUUUACUUUUGUUAUGUUAUAAAAGUAAGUGAAAAGAGUUUAACACAACGUUUCGAUGUAACCAUGAUAUCAUUAUCAAGUGAGAAGAUAAAAAACUAGAAUCCGACUUAAUUUAUACAAUUUAGAGUGAAAAAAUAAAGUAGAGAACAAAAGUAAAAUGUUUUUGCAAGUUAAAAUAUGUUAAAGUAACAGUUCUGCAUGGUUGGAUUCUGCUUAUGUGAUAUAUAUUUUUGUAUGGAAUCUCAUUGUGUGAUACCUUUAGGUCUUUUUAAAGUUUUGUAACCAUAGCAUUAACACCCAAAACAUUAUGACGAAAAAUUCUUCGUAACUCAAUGUACCAGUAUUGAUAAUGGAGCCACCUUAACCAAUAUCAUCUUAUUGUUGAUUAUAAAAAAAUGUCCUUUCAGAGUAAGUAUGUCUUUUAUGUAACUCUCUCUUUUACACCAAAGGUCUCAUGAUCCGUGCACACACGCUGAUACUGUCUCGUUCCUACACACUGUAACUCAUGUAGAAGUAAAAACAAUUCCGUGCUAGGUUCUAUCAGUCAGUCCUAUAUAAUAAUUAUACUUGCAAUCCUUAUUAUUUUUCAGCCAUCAGGUGGCAGUGGGAUGUACAUGUGGUCAUCAUCAAAUACCUCUGUGGCUACAGUUAGCACCAAGGGUGUUGUCAUGACAACUAGUGCAGUUGGAUACUCCCUGGUCCGUGCAGCUGACAUGAAAAAUCCAGCAAAUUUUGAUACUACAGAGGUGGGUAUUAUUGGUCCUACAGAAUGUGUGGCUUUGGAAAGAAAGGACAUUAGAUUGGUUGUUUCACUUAUUUGUUUCCACUCUAGCACUCUGACAAAGAAAAAUAUGUAUACUUGACCAGCCUUUGCACAUUUGGUAUACUAUACAGUAUGUUUAUAUGUGAGCUAUUCUUGUGGGAUGUGGUCUUAAACAUAAAAAAUGGUCUUCUCCAGGUUUAUGUUCUUCAGCCAAAGAAAAUGGAGUUUAUCCCUGCAGUUGUUGAGGCACUGGUUGGCUCCUCCAUCUCGCUUCCGUUGGCUGUGGCUUCUUGUAUUUACUCAGGUACUUUAUUAACAAGUAAAGACUUUAGCAUUUUGCAGCAGUUUUGCUUGGGUAGACCAGUCCACAGACCUGCAAAAUAAUUAUUAUUGGGAACUUUUAUAAAGUAAUUUGUUAAUUGAGGUAAAGGUAAAGUCUGCAUACAUGCCAAAUAGCCGAUCAUGCAUAUCCGGGUUUCUGUUGCGUAAAGGCAGUAUUAGUAAUGCUACCCCACCUGAAUGGGAUGCUAGUUCAUCCCAGGGUACCCCCAGCAGUAUAUCACUAGUACCAAUUCAUACAGCUGGGUGAAGAGAAACAAAGUGGAGCGAAAUUUCUGUCGAAGAAAUGAACGCAGCUGCAAGGCUUCAACUUGGGCCUCCAGUUCUAAAAUUCGAGGUGUCAACUGCUCAGCCACUAUGCCUGCUCCUAACAAACCAAAUUGAGGUGUAUUUUUGCAAUCCAAGCCAUUUGUAAACAUCAUUUCUUUUUUACAUGCAACUUUGCAUUACAUGUUGCGUAGUUCCAUGCUUGAAUCAUUGUAUCAUAAUCGCGUCUUCCGGCUUAACUACUGCUUGAUUUCUUGAGACCAUUCGAAUUCACAGUCUUUCGCAGUGUCACCCUGCCUUUUGAAUGGAACAUAUUGGACGACAUGUUCAGGUCCUAAAUUCCCAAUAUUUCUGGGUGAAAAUGUCGCAAGUUCACCAAUCCUCGAUCUCAACAUGGGAAGCUAUUUAGGCUCAAUGAGUGUUUUACCACUUUCAGAAAAUAUGUAUUGGACAUACGGUCAGCUAAAGGCAGAGGACCCUCCUUUCACCCUAGCUUUUGUUGUAAGUUAAGCCACCCCUUUUGGAGCUCGGCAUACUGGCCAAAACACCAUUGAAGCACAGGCCCACUACACCGCAACUUCCAACAAGAUCUACAAACUCCCUGGUAGACCUAUGUUACGCAUUCGUUAAUAUUGCUACUUCUGCAGACACCCCAGUUCCCAAGAGAAAUUGCCCCCGAAGACAAGCCUGCAGCUUCUGCCAUAAAACCAGCCACUUUGUUAUGGUAUGUCAACGAGCAGCCAAGGACGGUCAAGCGUCAAGAACACCUACCCCCAAAACCUGACCUGACAGCCACUAGACAGAAGCAUGUUAUGACACAAGGCCUGGAAUCCAAUACGAACACUGCUUUUCAUUGCUUUAUACCUACCCCAUCUCUGCCUUCCUCAGAAAAAGGCCACUUCAUCCUACUCACUCUGACAAGCCCUGACUCUAAGAGCGACACAGAUAUUCCCUUCCCAGGAGCCUCAUGCAACACCUACCCUCAAACCCUUGGCAAACACACCUUUCGCCAACCUGCUACCAGGUAAAUCAGUAAUAAUACCAUAUACCAGCCCACCAAUCAAAACGAUCAGCCAGACCACCUUUUAUAUUUCGAGGGAAACCAUUACACGUGCCCUGACAAUUCAAGCACUUGACACAGACCAACCAGCUCUGUUGAGAAUGGAGGCGAGCAAAAGACUUGGACUACUGACCUUGAAUGCAGACUUUACAUGGAAACCCCCCCCCCGGUUUCCAUCAUGCACCCUUCGCACAACGAGAACUCAACUGCUAGCCCACAGCCCAGUGCCCUUAGAUACCUCCACAGACAAAUGGCCAAAGCCUGGGACGUUGAGCAUGAAAUUCAUAUCACAACACUGCACCUUACUUUUUUAAGGCCUUAGCAUCCUCAGACCACCUGUCGGCUUUAAUACAGAUCCUGUUGUCAAACCAAUGCAUGCCCCCAUCCACCGCCAGCUCAUAUACAAAAUCAAGGUUAUCCAUGACACUUACAAAUCCACAGGCUAGCUUGUAUUAGCUUUUGAACCCACUGCUUGGAUAUGAAACGAGCAUGUUGGUUUGAGAAUGUGACCACAACACCAAGCCAGGUAAGAUAUGCAUAUGUUUGGACCCCUCCAAGACCCUCAACGAAGCUAUUCAGGAACAAAAAUACUUCAUCUCACCCUUGAGGAGAACCUACACAAGUUACAUUUAAUGAAUUGCUUGACCAUCAUUGAUAUCAUUAGAGCAUUCCAAAACUUUUACUUUGAUCCCUCACGACCACUAUGUUUAUACCAUGGGGCUGCUACCCUGGACAAGGCUGCCAUUUGGAUUAUCAUCUGUCUCGGAGGAAUGGCAGGGCGUGAUACAUCUGGUUCUUGAAGGCCUUCCAGUCAUCAGCAUUGCUGAAAAAUCCUAGUCCCGGGAGCUGCGGUCCCACUUACAAAGAAGCACAAGUUGAUCAACUCAUCCAAGGAUCCAUAGUAGUAUUUCUUUUUUCAAAGUCGUCAGCGGUGCAAGUAUGUCGAAAAAUAUAUGCCAGUAAGCAGUGUUGACAUGAGACAUGAGUAUGGCAAUGUUGAGUUUGGAACCACAAAAUUGGUGUCUGAAGAGUGUCCUUAUUUAAGGAAGUUAUUAUUUUAAAUGCAGGANGAAAUGACGAAAAAUUCAUGCCCUAAAUGUAAAAAGUCCAAAAACGCCCUCGAAAUUUUAGUUUCCAAGCCGUUAGGAGUAUGUUAGGAUCAAAACUAGGGGGUGGGAAUCGCACUUGCCUUCAGGGGAUUUGAGGACUUUUCAUGGAUCUUGGUUGACUCGAAGUGCAAUUCUCCGCAAAUAAAUUAUCACAUUCAAGAACAAUUCGAUUGUGGUUGGAGGCUUCUUGGCAAACUUUGCAGAGCGUGACACCAGUUUCUUCAGUUUUUGUGGCUUGCGGAAAGCUCAACCCCAGGUAAAGUCUUCAACGUCAAAUAAAAGAAUUCUCAAAAGUUGGUCUUCCGUUAGGCCCGCUUUUGAGUUAUCACACUCGUCCAAAAGAUGUAAUGGUUGUCUCCGAUGACCUGGUGACUACUUAUAUGGAUCCCUGGCUGCUCGUCACUAUGCUGGAUCAUUAGGAACCUUAAGCAAGGACGGCGACGACGGCAGUGAAAACGUCGGUAAAAAAAUGAAUUUGCGUUCUUUCAAAGUUAAUCACGUCUUUGGACCUGUUCAAUAUGUCAAAAAAUGCAGGCGACUUUUCCUGAAGUUGAAUUCUUAAGGAUUUCAUUCAGGUUCAAAAAGAGGAAGGAAAAUUCGUCGUCGUAUGUCCACAUCCUCCAUAAAACGGCAAAUUAGGAAGUUUCACGUCGUAGUCGUGCAGUGGACGUCAAAGAAAUGUACUAAAACGCGUGAUGCACGUGCAGAGCUGUUGUUUUGAUCAUUAAACCUAUUGUUUUUUGAAGUCGUCGUUGUGGUCGUCGUCGUAGUUGCUUAAGCUCCCUAUUUUCAGAAAAACCACGUCAAAAACAACGUUUUUAAGAUGAAAUUCCUUGUUUGCAAAGCCACUUUCAUGAGACUCCUCAUCACUACCAAAGGUUUCAAAUCCAACCCUACCAUUGUCAAUCCCAUUCUCAACAUGCAAUCCCAAUGGACAAACCAGACAUCCACAGAUUUCUUGGAGCAAUUAACUACUUAGGCGAAUUCUGGAGGCUCCAGUGGUACUUCAAGUAGAUUCCUCUGACUAUGGUAUGGAAUCAGUUCCACUACAACUCACCGAAAUUCUCCCUGAUGACACCAUCAUGAGUGUUCCUUGUCGCCUGUGGCUUACGGCUCCACAAACCUCACCCCCACUGAGAAACGAUCCACACAAAUUGAAAAGGAAUGUCUUGCUAACGUGAAAUUCUUUAACAAGUUUGACCAGUGGUUGCUCGGCAAAUCAGGUAUCAAAAUUCACACAGACCCCCAAGCACUUUAGUCCAUCUUCCAAAAGGAUCUAGCAGUCGCACUCAAGCACCUUCAAAAAGUGAUGCUCUUCCCGUAACACUACAUCUCUAAGGCCGUCUACAAACGAAGCUCGUCCGACACAUUGAGACACUUGGCCGACACAUCGAGUGCACCUUGCCAGCAUUGUGACAAUGCUAUAUUUGUUAGAUUAGACACUGCGGAUGUCAAAGUAAGAAAAAUAAGACACAGACAAGAAAUUAAACAUCGCAAACUUCACACUUUUUGGUGAAGUCCCGACUGACUGAGUUAGGACAAGAAAUACCGUAAAAAACUAUAGUUUUGAAACUUUUUUGAAAGUGAAAGGUAAAGCAAUGUUCAUGGAAAAUUAGAGAAGGUCAUGGAAAUGGUCAUUGGAAGUUACGGAUUUUGAAGAGCUUAGUAGAGUACGAACUCUGAUCACAGUCGACCACUACAUCGAUUUUUACGAACUGGACCAGCUCUUCAACACCCAGUCCUCCACAGUGAUUAAUCAAACCAAAGCACACUUUGCCCACCACGGUGUUUCAGUUCCUUGCUUCACAUACAAUGGUCCUCAAUUCAAUACACAUGAGUACAAGUACUUUGCCAACAGAUGUGGUGUUGAACACAUCACUACUUCCCCCAACUUAUCCUAAAGCAAUGGCAAAACAGAAACAGUCACGCACGCUAAGUCUCUUACCAAGAAAUCUGACAACGUCUACCUGGUACUUCUAAACAUACUCAACACCCCUCUUUGUAGCCUCAACUUUUCACCCACACAGCUAUUAAUGGGUAGACAACCAUUUUGCAAUACCUACACCAGCAGACCUGGUCAAGCUUGAAACUCUGGAUCCCCCCUGCCUUGGCUGCACCAAACUCCUUCAGAGCGACAAAAAAGUCAAGUAUUGCCUAAUUUCAUACCGCGCGGGAGCCUGGCACAACCGGAUUUUCCCGGACUUGUUAAAUUCCGGAUUCAAAAUGGCUUCCAAAAUAGAGGUAAAGCAAAGGUCACUGCGUGCAGUUGAAACGAUAUUAAGGGCCAUAUUACUCCAGGAAGUUAAUAUUCUACAGCAAAGAACAGUUGUNAAACAGUCACGCACGCUAAGUCUCUUACCAAGAAAUCUGACAACGUCUACCUGGUACUUCUAAACAUACUCAACACCCCUCUUUGUAGCCUCAACUUUUCACCCACACAGCUAUUAAUGGGUAGACAACCAUUUUGCAAUACCUACACCAGCAGACCUGGUCAAGCUUGAAACUCUGGAUCCCCCCUGCCUUGGCUGCACCAAACUCCUUCAGAGCGACAAAAAAGUCAAGUAUUGCCUAAUUUCAUACCGCGCGGGAGCCUGGCACAACCGGAUUUUCCCGGACUUGUUAAAUUCCGGAUUCAAAAUGGCUUCCAAAAUAGAGGUAAAGCAAAGGUCACUGCGUGCAGUUGAAACGAUAUUAAGGGCCAUAUUACUCCAGGAAGUUAAUAUUCUACAGCAAAGAACAGUUGUUUUACUGCUAUAAAGAACUUCGAGAAAAAAACUUCGAGCAAAGAAAGGUCUAAUCGGAGACUUUCGGUACUUGGAAGUAUGGGAAGGAUUCCCUAAUUGUUCGACAAAAAAUUUGAACAAAGAACCGUCGCGUUUAGCUUUUAUUACGGCGCUGCAUCCGACCGAAUAUUGGGGAAUGAUAAGAGAGGGGGUGUACCUGUUUUUACAAACCGUAAAAUAAAGACUACCAAAGAAGCGAAACACGCUAGAGUGACCCUGAGUGAAAGGGCUGCGUACGGUCUCAUUAAAAAAUCCUGAAGAUCAGACCAGAGACAAUUCUCACUGAACAAUAGGUAAAAGCAAGUAUACUUCAGUCCUACAAGAGAGGCGUUUCUCGCCCAGUAACACCCUGUAACAGUGCGGUUCCUGUGACCAGACCUCAUGCAUUGAGCAAUGUUAUGAUGCUCAAGCAAUUUUUCUUGAGGGGAUAAAUUGUGUAUAGUUUAUUUGUGAGGCCCCUGCGUUCGAUUCUGUACCUUCCAGUUACAUUGCAGUUCUAGUAAUUUAGACACAACUCAAGACAUGAAUAAAUUCAUUGAUAAAAUGUCAAAUGGCAAUGGCUUACAAGGGCUCACUUGUUGAGCUGCCUUUUUUUGGAACUUAUUGGGUCUACGAGCAUGUUUACAACUUGACAAUCACCCUGUAAUCCAAUCAAGAAUGUCACGUCCAUCUGCCUUUUGGUUAGCAUGCACUGUGUAUAGACUAGUCCCUUAUUCUCCUGCAUGUGGUUUAAGAACACUAGGUUUAACAUACAUAACGCCACAAAGUUCACUAUACUCAGUACCUUUCACAGACAUUUCCCUUUUCCGCGACGGGAAUAAUCCAGGUGAGCCCUUCUGUACUGCCCUUUUAAGUUUUGCUCCAGCAUUCUUAGGUUACGAUCGGAACGUACACAAUCACAUCUGUGUUCUUGCCUGCAAUGAUCCUCUACUUUACAGAUGCGGGUAGAAUUAAACAAAGGAUCCUUUGCUGUACAAAAUUUAUAAUCAUCUUUGGUUCGAACGACCUUUUCAUCGAACAAUUGCUUGCACUUGCUGAGUAUCGGCUCCUUCAGGUUAGCUUGAGGGUAUGGCAGAAAUACUGCAUCCUUUCCUUACUAAGCUUAGGCAGAUUCUCCGAGGGAAUAUUGAUCAAUAUUUCUUCGAAAAAGAAUGCUUUCCUUCGCGUUUUGACUAUCCUUCUUCCUUCUGACUAUCCGCCAUUUUAAGACUGGACUUUUUAAAAAGUCUGGGAAAAUCCAGUAGUGCCAUACCCCAGCGCGGUAUGACAUUAGGCAAUGACAAACUCAAUGUGUUGUCCCUUGGCUCACAUGCUUACGCAAGCCAUGCCCUUCCCAAUCAGGUACUCCAUGGUUAUUUGGUUGGACAGUAGAAAGCCAAAACACCCGAUCGUACCGCAUCGACGCUGGCAGCCGUUGAAUCCUUCAAAACCAUCACCCUUCCAUACAAGACGUUUAACGCAUAAUUAUUUAAGCAUGUACUAGCCCGCGAGUCAUUUCAACUAGCCCCAAAACCCUUUUGAAUUAGCAGGAUUGAUUACAAUCCUGUAAUUUGAACUUCCCAAAAAAACGGCACUUACCCGUUGGGCAAGUUAAGAACAAAAAUCACCAGGCCGAUAGCAAAAUCCACUAGCUCCGGGCUAUCGGACACGACUUUCUUUGCACGCUGGACUCAUGUCUCUUAUUUAUUUCAUAUCAUGUCUCUUAGUCCUCAUUACUUUUUUUAUUUCUGUUUGCAUUUUUCCCACAGAGUGCCAAGAGUUUCAUGUGUUCACUGACUGCCGAUCACUGCCUGUGACAUACACAUUUUCAGACCCCUCUAUUUUUAGACUGGUGGAAGAUAACAGUAAGCAGUGUUAUCUUUAUGUUUUAGAGUUUCAUGUUUUGCAGGAAAAGUGGCAAAAACAAUAUAUAAAAAACAGUAUAUAUGAUAUGUAUUGGGACGUGAGAUGUCAGGUAGCAACUUGUCUGAAAGGAUUUUUGAACCAACCUCAAAAAAAAUUAAUAGGAAUAGUCCGCCGUAAGCUGUGCUUCCCUCUCUCUCUCCCCCCCCCCCCCCCCCCCCCCCCCCCCCCCCCCCUCCCAACUCGCACGCGCCAAGCUACAUAUACUACAUCUUUCUAUAUGUCCUACGUCUCCAUACAUACUAAUACAGAUAGAAAACAAAAACAAAAUAACAAUAAGCAUGACUAUAAAGACCUCACUAAAAAUAACAAAAUAAUCUAGACAACUUAGUUUUUUAUAGUUUUUUUGUUUUGAGGAAAAGGGGAAAAAAAAAAAAAAAAAAAAAAAUAUAUAGUAUAUAUUUGGGGGAGGGGAAGUUAAGAGAAAAACUGUUUUAAAAAGUUUUUGAACCCCCCCCAAAAAAAAAUAAAAAGGAAAGCCCCCCCCAAACGUGUGCUCCCUCCCUCCCCCCCCCCCCCCCCCCCCCUUCUUGCAGGGUUCAUCAAAACUGCUAGGAGUGAUCAACAUUUAAUAUAUCCCUAGAGUUGCACUGCCUAAUCAAACAUUUGGUCAUAAAAACGAAGGAAAUGAUCAAGAGUUUCACGACAGAGCUCUCGACAAAUAGUUAAACAAAAUUAUUUCACUUUACCAGAGCCAUAGGAAAUGCCGUAAGUGGCAGCAAUAGAGUAAAUCAAAUGACGGUGUAACAGCUUUGUGAGGUAGAAGUGGGUCACCCUCCAGGAAUUUUUUAUUUGGGACUCUCUGAGAAAAUUAACAUGAGGAUGGCAUUUCCCCCUAACAUUUUCAUCUGUUUCAUAUUAUACGGUAAAUUGCUGCUUAUAAGCCACCCUGGAUACGUGUCCCCCAGUUAUAGGACUAUCUUGCCUGUAAACAAAAAAGAAUACAUCCGAUUACAAGCUUUCCCCGGAUAAAAGACUCCCUCCAAAUGUAUCGAAACGAUUUAUUAUGCCGUUUUGAAGCUUAAUUUCAAAAGGUAAUUCAAUCAGCACUGCUGUAGCUUGUUUCUAGGCGCUCUUUCUGUUCCAGUUAUAAGCCUAAAACCCCUUACGAAGAUGUAAUAGGCCCAGGGCUUAUAAGAGAAACAAAUUGUUAGUUUCACAUGACGUCACUAAACUACAAAACUAUCUAUCCUACGGAGAUUUUACUUUCACGAUGUAUUAGAACAGCUGAAAUCUAAAUUUCUUACAAAUUUUCGCUUCAAAAGGGUUCUUGGUUUUGUGAUAGAGUACGCGCGACGCGGCAUUUACAUGACGGCCAAGAGAGCUGUCAUGUAGGUUAAAAAAAAUGACUUAUUUCAGGGAAUUUUGCUAUCUAUAUUAGAAAAAGUAUCAACUUUAAUGUUUAUGAGUUCCUCGAAGAAUAAAUUCACGCUUUUGUAGCAAAACUCGGUAACAGAUGUUUCUGUUGGCUUCCAUCCGCCAUGUUGGUGCUCAUCCGGAUGGGCACCAGCAUGGCGUCUCCGUACAAAUCUCUACAAAUUUGGGUAAAACAUUUUUUCGGAUAUCUCGUAUACGAAAUAUUCCUCUGACCUGAAAUUUGGCAGAGGUCUUUGCAUAUUUACUUCCUCUCAUUUUCCAGAUUCUGGACUUUAACUAUAGAAUAGUUUUGAUUUUUAUUUUGAUCUAUUUUGAAUGGCGUGACACGGAAAACCAGCAAUAAGAUGGAUGAUAUCACACUUUGAAAAUUGUUUUCUGUGAGUGGCUGGUGCUUCCAUCAGUUCAUGGCAACAAGGCAUCAUUUUUUGAUGGUCGCUAGUGCUUUUGGAGAACCCUGUCCUGUUGCUUGUUUAAUUGCCCAACAAAAGUAUUGCUAUAUUACCUUUAUUCUGAAGGUAAAAGCCAGAUCCCUCAGAGCCAUUGACACUCUUUGGUUAAACAAACAAUCUGGUGACUUCCGUUCUCCAUGCUUAUUAAUUUUAGGUCAUUAUGAGAUUACUGCUGGUAGUUGCAUGUCUGUUAAGCUCCUUGCCCUUCGCUCUGGAUUCACAACAUUGACUGUUACAUACCAAUACAAUGAUAUCAUACUUAAGGCUGGCAUAACUGUUGGAGCCUACCAUGCCCUCAAGGUAAGUACAAACAAGGAGUUAGAUUGUGCGAAGGAUAUGUCAACUGAAAAUUGUUUUGAAUGUUUUUUGAUAAAAUACAAUCCAAAAGUUUUAUCUACAAACUAUCUUCCUUUCCUCUUUUUCUUCUCAAGUGCUUUGUUGUACACUUUCUAGUAAAUACAGUAAGUGGCAGAUUUCAAGAGGGAGUGUAUUAGCUGUGCCGGGUAGCUUGGUUGAUUAACAUUUGUCGUAAUUACACUUGUAUGGAAUUUAGGUUCUUGACCCACUUGAGGUUGGUGUAGUUUCUUUGUGUUCCGCAAAAAAUCUGAUGUUGGACGGUGGACCUCUGCCUUGGAUUACGGAUACUUCUAGUUAUUAUGAGGAUGGUGAGACUUAAGCACGUGAUUCAAUAAUAAAAAUAGUACAAAGCAAAGGACUGUCACUAUUAGAUGCUGUGACUUAAUAACUUAACAUCUCCAAAAACAGACAUUCGACUUUCCCUCGGCAUUUCUUGAGGAUUUUAAACACGGUGUAAAGCGGGUAAACCUUGGAGAAAUAAAAAUUCUGAAGAAAUGCCGCAGGAAACUAGAGCGUCUGAUUUUCGAGAUGUUAAUCAUCCGACACAAAAGACGCACGCUAAACACUCAAGCCGACUUCAUCCAUGCGAAACUCUUUAUUUAAUUGUUAUUUGUCCAUUUUCACGCUUAAAUUUUACAUGCACUUUUCGCACUUUCUUUUUCUAUAUAUAUUUCCACAAAUCAUGUUAAUUUGUUAUCUUUUCAUAAUGAUGAAAUGAAGCCAUCGAAGAGUCAAGUUUCUUUUAUAUCGUUGCUUUUUGUUUUAAUAUGUAUCUCUAAAUCGAACCCUAUUAGACUUAAUAACGGGACGCAAAAAGCGCCAAGUGUCUUCUUAUAAACUGCCUGAUUAUCCGGCCUCACUUGCCUGUUAAGCAAAGGAAAAAUUUGACAGUUGGGAUUCUUAACUUUUACAAAAACAGCCUAGCGUAAAUAUAGGGUUAUUUCAAUUAUAUCAGUUUUGUACUUCGUGUUAUUCUUAAUUUUUUUUUAUUAGAUGGCAGGUAAUGCUAAGGCCUCAUAGUCACCUUUUUAAAUUCGUUGUAACAGAACUGAGCAUCUCUUCUUAUCGCUGUUAAUAUUAGUAUCUUUGUAAUUGUUGUAAAAUAAGAUUUGUUUUAAGUUCAUUACAAUAACGAAUUUUUUUAUUUAUUUAUUUAUAAUGAUUAGGUGUGCUAUAUAUAUAUAUAUAUAUAUAUAUAUAUAUUGGAAAGAUGGUAAUCGGGUAACCUUAUUUAUUUCUUGUCAGAAGGUUUUGCUCAAAGCACCUCAUCAUUUACACCUCUAUAUUUAAUUAACGGCCUUUUCUGGCUAUUUUUGGUCAUAGAGCGAUACCAUUAGCUCCACCAAGGUUCUCUCUAUAUGUAGGACCGUAGUAACGGUUAGAUUAGAUGUGAGCUAGGUUUGACAGUCAAUAAUUAAAUGAAAUUUUCUAUCCUUCGAUAUUCACCAGUUUUCCCAGAAGCAGAUAAAGCAGAACAGGUAUUUAUUGGUAACGAUCACACUGAAGAUUUCCCUGGUAAGUGAAGUCAUUAACAUGUUUGUAUUGUGUAACAAGGAUACACUCUCUACGACAGACACCUUUGGGAUCAUCACUCUUCGUUGGUUGCCACCCAGCUACAUCAGCGAUUUAGUUAGCAUUAGGACCUGUUCUUUAUAUUCAGUGAGAACAUCCCAAGGGGUGUAUGUUGGCAACUUAAGAAGCCAGAUCGUUUUCCGCUGCCGCCCCUACAUUCUGAUUGUGAAACAGCCUUCCCGCGCAUAUCCGUGUUAUUGGAUUACUGUGCGCUUUAGGAGACAAGUCAAAGCAUAUCUUUUUGGAUUAGCUUUUACGUAGAUUUAACUUGAUUUCAUUUCAUUUUAUUUUAUGUUAUUUAUGUAUUUUUAAUAUUAUUUUUGCUUUUUAUCGGUUUUAUCUAUCAUAGAUCCAUUUUAUAAAUUUUAAUUAGUAUGACUGUAAAGCGCUUUUGAUCAUUUAUAUGUUAAGAGGCGCUAUAGUAAAUUUAUAAACUAUUAUUAUUAUUAUUAUUAUUAUUAUUAUUAUUAUUAUCCAGUUUGUAAGCUUUGACUUGCUUAUUUAGUAAUUGGAAGCAUCUAGUAAAUUUCUUAUAAUAUGACUGAUAAAACUUAUGUUAAAAAAUGCAAAUGUUGUUUUUAAUAGUGUAUGUUUCUAUCAACUGUCGGUCACUUAAUUGUUAAUGCCGUUUUGUUUUGUGUUGUUUUUUUUUUUUUACAAUCACGUCUUAAUGAAAUUCGAAUCCUGUAAUAAUGAGGGCAACGAGUUUAAAUCACGGGUAAAAAACGACGUUUCGACCGAUCUUUGGUCAUUUUCAAGUAACUCAAAAGUUAAAAGAAUUAGCAUAUAUAUAUGUGUAAGGUGUAAAAAUAUGUUUAAGUACUAUUAACAAUUUUAAAGAAUAAAGUGAAGCGUGCAGAGAAAGAACAACAAAAGAAUCUAAUUAAAAGAGCUAUUUAAAAACUUUAGCACGAAUUGAGUCUGACUGUACAUUGAGACUAGGUCUCAGUUCAUUAAUAAAAAACCUUUCAAACAUUUGCUUUUACACCUCUCUAAAAUGCUAAAAUUAUUACUAAAAUCUUUAGGCGCCCGAAGAAUGUUUAACACGAGAGUGCUGGCCGACGGAUGAACUUGUGCUUCUGUGUUCCUCAAUUCGCUGGUGUACGUGGCGAGAUGCGUAACCUACAUAACCUGCAUCGCACAGGUCACAUUCAAAUUUGCAAACAAGACAUUGCUGGUUGACAAGAGGUGGCUUAGCUUCUCGCAUUUUAAGAUCGCGCUCAAUCUUUUGGCCGACAAACACUAGAGACACGGUCGUGUGAACUGUGUGACUCAAAUUCUGAACUUGAGGUCGAACAAUGUCAGCUGAGGACUGGUCUCUAAAUGGUAAAAUAACACGAACAGGGUUAGAUGAAUCAGAAACAGCCGCGGGCGAUGAAACAGGUUGAUCAGAAAUGUUUGUGGCAAUAAAGCGUGAGAUAGUAGAGUUACCGAGUUUGCCAGGGUACUUAAGCCGUAAAAAAGCAAUUUACGACGAUCGCAUUCUCCGGAGAAAUACGUCCAGUUGGACGAAAGUCGGAAAGCACGAUCAAGCAUAGUUCUUAGUAACGCCCGCUUGUACCGAACGUCUAAACAACAACAACAAUGUAUUUAUUUAAAGAAAUAUAAAGUUACAAUACCCUACCCUUACAAUAAUGUCCUGCAAAUAGCUAUAAUGCUAAUCUAGGCAGGACACGACUUUAAAUAAAGACGUUAUUUAACUACAUAGGAAAAAAGAAAAGAAAUACAGUAACAUACAAAAAGAAACACCGUACAUAUAAAUUCAAGUACAGGGUAUUUUGUUGUUUGAAAAAGACUAAAAUUACAACUGGAGGUAUAUACAACAUAUCAGGUUAACUUCAUAAAGUAUUCUAUUAAAUAAUUAACAUUCAAAUAAUUAUCUUCAUUACCAGCACAUUAAGGAGUAGUGAUUUAAUUUUUUACGAAAAUUAGAUAUGUUGAGAGUCUUAACAGAAAGUGGAAUAGAAUUGCAAAUAAACACAGCAAUUCUAGUUAAAGAGUUUAUAAUUUUUUCAGGUCCAGAGAAUUUUACAGAGAAACAUUCUUUUGUAGAUAAUGGCGUAUUAUAAUGAUGUUUUGUAUUGUUUUUCGCAAACUUAUCGAGAAGACGUUUAGGAGCUGUCUUAGCAUAAACGUCAUACAUUAAAUAGCUUAACUGUUGAAAGAACAAAGACUGGAGCAAAAAGUGCAUGAUGUAAAUUCAAAAGAAGAUGCUGUGGAAUGUAAUGCCUCAUUUUAACAAUUAUUCCAACCGAUCUACUAAUUUUGUGACAGAUAGAGUCAAUAUGAUGCUUCCAUGGUAGUUCAGAAUCAAUCACUAUACCCAAAUAUUUAACAAAGUCCUUCAUCUUUAGAAUUACUCGAGUAUUUAAAGUUCGAUUAAAAAUCUUAACUUUAGGAAUGAAAGGUAUUCUUUUUUGGCGCGGACGAAAAAUGACAGAAAAAAAAAAUGAAAAUGAAAAAUGACAUUCACUUACUUUCUCAAGCUCAUUGUUGACAGUUCAAGAGUGCGUAAGUUGUCAUUUGCAUAGGUUAGACUUGUAUCAUCUGCGAACACAUAAAAAGUGAAUUCCUUGGAAGAUUUAUGGAUGUCAUUAAUAAAUAACAAAAGUAGCAAGGGUCCAAAUACAGAGCCUUGAGGCACUCCACAUACGAACGCUUCAGUCUCAGAUAUGCAUUUGUCUAUUUCAAACGUCUACAUGACUCUUGUAAUGUAACAAGAGGCUACUGUUCGUGGGCUUGACAUAGACUUUGUUCUCCUCAUGUGAAGAUCUGUUGAGGAGCUGGGUGCCCAGGAAGGGAGCAUACCAUGCUUUCAAUCUCCAUGGUGCAUAUAACGAAGGAGUGCCACUGGUUGAGAGCCUCAAGAAGAUUCUUCGCAGAUGUAUUGUUUUGCGUAACGGUCAGUCUGUCAUCAACAAAUCGCCCGAUUAUGUGGGUAUCUUGCCUUCCUGCUCCAAUCUUUCUUCAAUGCUACACAAACACAUUAGUGAGUAAAGGAUCAAGUUGGGAUCCCAUAGCGACACCGUCUGUUUGUUCCUGCAGCUGAAAAUAACAUGUUGAUCUUUAGUUGCUACUCUGAGAAGAUCGACAAGGUCUUGUCUACUGAGAUGAAGUUGGUACUUUUAAUUGAACCAAUUGUUCGUGAAAGCCUUAUCACUGAGUAGUUGUUUGGUUUCCUCCAAAGGCACCUUGGUAAACAGGGAAGGAAACAUCGUAGGAAACUAGGAUAUCACCGUUGUUGAUCGACAGCUGCUGGAUUUCAUUCAUAAAGUCGAAAGCGUUAGUUAUAGUGUACUGAUUAGUGGAAAGUGGUUUGAGUUUUACAUGAAGCCAUUUUGCCAAGGCGUAUUUGUAAGUCUGUGUAGCUGAUAAUAUAGGUCGCAUAGCAAACACUUUCUCAUGGGUAUUGGGUAGACCAUAGAGAUGAGCUAGUCUAGUGCCUGAUGGACGGGCAGAAUCUGCAACUGAAGUGGGUAGAAUUCGGCGUACGAUUGACUCUAACUCUUUUUCUUUCCGGAGAAGCGGAUGAUAUUGCUUGGGUGUUCUUCCGCUACUUGUCGGUCUCAACCAAUCGAAAUUUAGUGGCAUCAUUUAUGGACACUUCACCUAGUAGACGAAGGUAUUCUUCCUUAUCCAUUACGACUACACAGGAUCCUUCAUUCUUUAACAUUUUUAUAGUUUUUAACAUAUUUUUGCACCUUACACAUAUAUAUGCUAAUUUUUUUAACUUUUUACCUACUUGAAAAUGACCGAAGAUCGGUCGAAACGUUUUUUAUCCGUGAUUUUACUGUGUUAAGUUUUAAAAACCCUUAUAAUACGUUUACCUGUGCGGAGUACUGUCAAGUGCUUAUUAGUAACAAAUUCCGUGGUAUUGUAGCAACGUAUCAUUGAAAUUAAUGCAAUUUCUUGCAGCUGACGGCAGUGGAUCGUACCACUAUUUUAGCAUCUUCUGUCGAAAAUUGGGUGAGCAGGUGAGAACGCUGUAGCACAAGAGUUUUGUCAACCUUAAGUGAAUUACACACACGUAAACUUUAGCCAAGGGUAAAUUUCAGUUGAAGGAAUUAAACGCCAAAAGCUGAAUUUAGUCCGGCUCUCUUGUCACGUACGUGUACUGCUAAACAAAACGUAUAAGAAGAAAAAAAAGUAAACUGACGAAAACCAACAAUGGCUCUGUGUUGAUUGAAGUAAUCAUUCUAAUUGUUACAAAGCAAUGAUGCUAUUGAGCAAUAGCAGAUUCGUUCUCCUGGACGUUAACUAGGUUUAUCUACUGUGAAUUUAUUGCUAAGUGCAUAUCCAUCCAUGUUUAGGUUUUGACAGUAAAAAUUGGAAAUAGACCAACUCCAAAGAAUCCUUAUCCUGCAAGCUCUUCUGUGAAGAUCAGGUGAGGUUGUGCUGUUAAACCGCUGAACAAAGAAAAAGUGCAGUCUUAGUGUGGAGUAUUGUCGCAAAACUUCUGAAGUCACUCGAUAAUCUUUUUUUUAGGUUUGCAUGCAUGGAACCUGCAUCACUAACCAUUGUUCCUGACAUUAAACUGCCGACUGUCGAAGGGCGACAACUUUCUCCAGAAAACUGUGUCAACUCAAAUAAAGAGGUACAAUUGAAUCUUAGAGUUUUUUGCGGAGGUUGUCUAAUAGCGUUUAUAUAUAGACCGAAAAAAAUACAGCAGAGCUGUUGUGGUCGUGUUAAAACUAAAACUAAAGUCAAAAUCAUUAAAACAAUCAGAAAAACUAUGCACAGUAGAACUCAAAGCCGUAACUUUCUUUUGUAAAGCCGACUUUUUUAAAAAAGAGUGAUAUUAAACUCUUUUUUUAAAAAGACUGCACUCUUUAUUUUUUUUAUAUUUACUCUUUACUAUUUACUCUUUUAAUAUGAUCACUCUUGCUUGACUAUCCACAGAGUCUAUCAUAACAAAAAAUAUUAUUUCUUGCAUCCCAUUUUUCUUAGAUCCACGUUCGAAACAACCAGCAUUUAAAUUUAAUUGCCCACUUGCGUGACUCACUUGGGCGAUCCUUUGACAAUUUUACCUCACUAACUGUGGUGUGGACGACCAGUGAUCGCUCUCUGGCGGAAUUCGUGGACAAAACCAGUUCUGUGAAAAUGAUGUUUGUCACAUACAAGAAAGAUGAAGACCUACGAAAAGCCAUAUGUAAGCAACACAUUUGUUUCUGUACCGAAAAAGGACCUCUCAUGUAGAGUAUUGUCGUCCUUUUGCAGACGUUCUUUUAGCACUUCAAAUUGUUCUAUCAUCCCAAAUGAAUGGGACGCAGCCUGCGGACAAGCCCUUUUUCUCGGCUCUCUUCGCUUGGCUUAGCAGAGAUUGCUGAGAGAUAUUGCUCAUAAGGUAAAAGCGAGCCUAAAGAACGCCUACUUUGGAGAGGAGAUGAGAAGCAACUGGCAAGAGAAUAUAGCUACCAUCCGACAUUACCUACGCCAUUACCAUCAUCAAUAUCUGACAAAAACCGAAAAAAGUCAUAUAGUGGGUUGUUUGAAAUUCAUUUGUCAUUGUUCAUAACCUUGUUUGCUUGUUACUGGGGAAAAGGAUUAUGGAUUGAACUUACUCACACUCAUACUUACACGUAGAGGAUUGCAUCCUUUGACGUAGAAGUUGAGGUUUCAUUUAAAGCAAUAUGAAUGAUACUAAUACUUUCAUUUGUUUAGCGUAUCAGACUGUAAGUUUGAGUGACAGGAUGGGUGGAGUGGUUAUUCAGGCAUCUGUUGGAGGAUAUGAAUGUGACACUCUCAGAUGGUGUGGACAGGAAUUAAAGGUUUGAAUUUUAGUUUAGCAGUUGAAGAAGCUCUUGAUAGAAAACACUUAGUGUUGUGGCUGGUAACUCAAGCAUAAGCAAAAGAAAGUAUUGCUGUAGUAUUGUAAUGUAUGAACACAUGUGUGUUGCUGUAUUAUCUUGUUAACAAAUUUCUUGCCUUGUUACAUCAACACGAGCACACUGAGGGCCUGUUUACAUGGAGGUAGGGGACCCCAGGUAGGUGAGGUAACAUGCGGCGGGUCACCCCACCUAUCAUGUAAACGUGAUCAAAUUAAAUGUGAGAUUAUAUGGACAGGCGGGUUACCCCACCUAAGCGGGUACCUCACCUACCUGGGGUCCCCCACUUCCAUGUAAACAGGCGUCAAGUCAUGCAAGUCCUCUUUGUCACCCAUGUGAUAUUUUUCUCUGAUGGCAAAGCUAGUUUUUUUUUCUUUAUCCAGCUUUUGCCAAUCCUCUUGAUGGGUCUCCACAGGAGAUCGAUGAUCCGAAUGCUAAGCUGUUUUUUAUCUGCUCACAGGAACCUGCGAAUUUUGCACUCACUGGACGAUUGAAGUUGUUGUUAGUGCCUGAGAGAAAACUUGUUCCACCGGCAGCGUCAAUUCUGAAUCACCCAGAGAAUCAGGUACAUUCAUUUCGGUUGUCUAGGUAAAAGCACCGUUAUUUAAUUAAGAAUUAGAUUCCAUUCUGUCAGUUAUGGAUCACAGAUGACGUCAAAAUGUAAGAGAUCAAGCAUCCACGCUGGGUAGAAAACUGGGAAGUGUUAAUGAUAUAAUUAAAAGAAGUGUAGUCGGAAAAAGAAGAUAUGGAAGACGAGAUUGAUCAAGUUUUAACGAAGAAAUGGAAGUCAUCCGAAUUCAAUUAAUUCAAAUUUAAGCGAAGAAAACGAUUCAGAGUAGAAUUUACAUCAUUUUGCGAAAGUCGAGUUUCCAGAGGAAACGGAGUGUGUAAUCGUUAAAGCGGUUGCUGAUGUCAUUUUAAACAUGGCACGCCCGAUAUUAGAAUCUGUGAAAGAACUCUCUGAAGAUUACUCCAAUCGUACCUUAAAUAUAAGGACAUGGGAAAAAGCAACAGUCACAAAUAUUGCUAAGGUACACAUAGCAAUUCGUGAUUUAAUGACACAUAAAAAUAAUGUCAGUCUGGAACAGGAUCCUUUUACCCUCCUUUGGAUUACAAAUUGCGUACUAUUCUCAGCGGUGAUUGCCUUUCUCCUCUGCAAAGGCUGGAGAAGGGGAAAAAAUAAUUUCCCAAGAGAACAGGAGAGGCUCAGAAAUGGCAACGAAAGAAAAGUACGGGACCCAGCGCGUGAAAUCAGGAAAAAUCUGUCAACAGUUCAAGCAGAAUUGGACAAAAUAAGAACAAACGGGAAGUUAACAAAGAAAGGCAUCAAGAACAGAAAAAGCUAUUACGAGAAUGAAGCAUCAUUUCUGCGGCAGAUUUAGUUGAUUAUAUGGAGAUAAUAUCUCGCUUUCAUUUCAUUCAUUUAUCUAUUUUGCCAUUAAUUAUUAACUGUAUAUUUACGAUUCACAAAACAUAAUAAAUUAAAAAAUAUACAUAUGUAUUAAAGGGGAUAUUUACUAUUCUAUUUUGCAAAUGUUGGAAAUGGUUAUGGCAAGGAAGCCGAUAUAUAGCCGAGAUAACUGUAGAAACGCUAUCUACCAAUAAAUUAAUAAACUAAGUGUCUUGUCUAAGGAGAGUACCUUCGCCUUUAACAACGACUAAACCAAGGUUAUGAUUCCAUCCCCCCCGCAGAUGUCCAGAGUACAUCACCUUGACGAGUAUGGUCCUAACAUCGCAGUCAGUAUUUAUAAACUAGAACGCAUUAAGUCUUGCAAACUACCUGGAGUUCACAUCAAUGAACAUCUAAAGUGAGACGAUCACAUCAAGCACACGGUAUCUGGAUGCUACGCUACUCUAUCAAUACAAAGAAAACUGAACUAUCUUGCCAAAUAUGAGCUUAGAAAGCAGCUAGCAGAAACAUUGAUUUCGUCAAAGCUAGAUUAUGCCGAUCUUGUUUUCUACCCUCUACCACAAUUCUUACUUCGCCGUUUGCAACCAGUUCAAUUUGCUGCCGCAAGUUUUGUACUCGGUCAGUAUGUUGAGAACUUUCGGGAUGCACUUAAAAUCGGAUGGCUUCCAAUCAAUGAGAAAAGAGAUUUGAACCUCCUGAAAUCAUGCUUUAAAGUUUUGCAUAACACUGAGACUUGGCCAGAUUAUUUUAAAAUAAUAAAACAGGAAUGCCUCAAGGAACUGCGCUCAAGCAAUUCAACUAGAUUAGUGGUCCCGACCGAAAACGGCACUUUCCAAGAUAUUGCUUCGAAGCUAUUUAACAAUUUACCAGAAACUAUGAGAAACUGUAAAGAUUACAGAACCUUUUUAAGACUUUCAAGGAAUUUUUUAUGUAACUGAGUACAGAGUGAUUAGUUAGUUUUACUGUAUUUUCGAUUCUUUUAAUCCUGCUUCUACUUUUAAUUGUAUAUUGCUUAAGUUGUAAACAACUUAAUUUGAUUUAUUUUUUUAAUUGUAAUUGAUGUACUUUAACAGGGAAGAGCCACCCAGUGGAUCUGUUAAUAAACCAUUAUUAUUGUCAUUAUUAUUAUUAUUAUUAUUACUAUAGCCAAAGCCCAUGACAUUACCAACGGAAAAUCUUAGUAAAUCUUAAUAAGUGCACACAGGGCAUAUAAGGGGGUGCCUCCUCUUCCUUCUCCUCCUCCUCUACAACAAUUACUUUUAUUAUGUUUAUCAAAAAUAUUAUAAUAUAUGGUGCAUUAAGUGAACAGCUUGUAGAUUGGACGAUGGUUUUAUUCGCUUCUAGGCCGUGUUUCGCAUUGAUGGAGGCUCAGGUCGCUUUGCUGUUAAAGGAAGCAGUAAUACUAUCGCCAAAGUUGAUUACCAAGGCAAGAGUGAACUGCUGGUAAGUGAACGAACUGGGAAAUUGCUGCCUUUUCACGUCGAGACCAAUAUAUCGGGGCCUUUGUCUAAAUUGUUUUCAGUGUUCUUCAUAAGUUAAAGCCUUAAGCUACAGUGGUAUCGACUGUAUAUUUCAUGACUUUUCUUGUAAUAAUAACAAUAAUAAUAAUAAUCAACUUUAUUUAACGAGGGUAACACGGCACAAUACUUCAACUGAAUAACUAGUGGCCCUCAUUUCAAUUGUGGUUCAAUUCAGAAUGAGACGUGCUGCUUUGUCACACUUGUAUAGUGGAUGAAUAAUAGCAGAGUCGGAUAUAAUCAAUCGGUUUCCUUUUCACAGGUGAUACCACGAUCUGAGGGACUGUUCACAGUAACAGUACAUGACUUGUGCCUGGACUCCACUGUUCCCGCUACAUUACACGUGCAAGUGUCAGACCUGUAUGGGGUGGAUGUCAAUGUUGUAAACAAGGUACAACAGGCCUGUUAGUGCCUGGGUGGGGUGGGUGGGGGGGGCGUAUGGUUCAGUGUGGUUCUGGGAGAGGGGAGCCUGUGACCCUUAAAAAAUAAAUAAACCAUGGCAAAGCUUGUGAUGGAAAGCCUCUUUGAAUCAGCAGCUGAGGAAUUCCACAUUAACUCUCGUUUCAGGUCUGCUCUUUUGAACUGUUUGUUUCAGCUUUCUUAUUGUUUUUUUCAUAACAAGCUUUGGAAUUGGGACGAAAGACUGCCUGAAGAAACACAUUUUUAUUCAAGAGAAAGAAUCCCAGCUUUGAGCGAAUAUAUAGCACCCCAGACAGAGAAGCCUUACCAACUCCUCCUCAGAAACUUGUUCAGUACGCGUCUCUUAUAUUGCCAUUAUACCACAGGCCACCACAACAGAAAACCAUAACCUAUCAUUGUUUUGCUUUCCAUAACAGAUUGAGAUAUUUUCAUCAGAGAAACUCAGACUGCAGCUUUUGGAUGUUUUGGGCUCACCAUUAUUACUGGGAAGCCUCAGAUUCCUUUCAUUAACACCGCACUUCUCUCCGGACAUAUUAAGCAUCAGGUACGGUGCCCGCUGGUGAGCAACCUAUCUGGGCGGGGAGGGAGUGGGGUAGUGGAAGGAAACGAAAGGUUGCGUCGAGAGGAAUUUGAAUUUCUGCGUCAAAAACGUCGAUGCAUAUGCGGAUUGGUAGAGAUUUAAUUUGACAAUUAUUGUCAAAUUUGAAAGGAUAGACCACAUUACGUCAAGAAGAACACCGCAACUCAUGCUAUUGAAAUCCUUCUUUCUGGCAAUCAGCUAAAGCUGUACCCAUGGAAUUUUUACUUGCGUUUUAAAAGAGAAGAAAACUUGCUGCUAGAAAUACGUCAAUCGCAGGACCUCCCUAAGCAAACGGCUACGACGUCAUCGGCCUGAAUUUAUUCCACUUCAAACAAAUAAGUUCCCAUUUAAAAAGGAGGAGUAAAACAUCCCUACUAUACUACUCAAGUCAAAUAGGUUACAGCUACAAUUAUAUUUGUAACUUUGACUUUGACUUUGACUUUAUACGUAAAUCAUUCGUACCAGUAAAUCGAAAAUGUCUUUUGGUGUAACUGAAGGUUUGCGUCAGCUAUAUUUCUUACCAUCUCACGGGAUUUCUAACCAUUUACCCAAACGAUUAUAAGCCAUCCAGCUAAAAGCCCUUACGAGGUUUUUUGAAAAUGAAGGCUUUUAUGUAUUGUAAGUUAAAAGAAAAUAGAUUUUUUUAUGAUUAUUUUUAUGCCCUGAACAUUUUACAAAGGUAUGAAUGAAAUAUGGUGUGACAUGUAUUUCCUUAAAAAAAAUGGGUAACUGAUAAGUCCGUGUUGGGCUCCCUUUCCUUUUUCCAAACUCUAAUAUUUUUACGCCUCCACCCUCUAGGCGAGUUUUUGAAUUGGAGGAAGACAAGGUGAUCAAUCGUGACACUGCCUACUUCGCCGUCAGAGGCUUGUCCCUUGGCACCGCAAGCCUCACUUUUACAGCGUCUGCCACAGGGAAGGGAAGUGCUACAAGCAGACCUAGGGAUAUUCAGGUACGUCAGCUAAGGAGAGCGAAUGACGGAUCUAAUGUUAGGUUUAAGGUCGAUUUUGCACUCGUUUUACUUACUUUACUAAGCAAAUGUUACCGAGGGAAUAAAACCCACGUGGGGUAGUCUAAACGUUUCUUUUCAGGGCGUUUCACACGGAGUGACAGUUACAUCACCCCAUACUUGAUACUUCUUCCUGCCUCUUCCCCCUCCCCCCCCCCCCCCCCCCCCCCCCCCCCCCCCCCCCCCCCCCCCCCCCCCGCCCCCCUCACUCCCUUCCCCCUCCUCUCCUCUCCUUCUUUGUCCUUUUCUUAUUUUUUUAUAACCUUUUUUUUAUUUUUCUUUUUUAUUUUUUUUCGUUUUUUUUGUUUUUCUUUGUUCUUGUUCUUCUUUUUUUCCCCCCCUCCCCCCCCCCCCCCCCCCCCCCCCCCUUCAUACGUUAGUUCCCUUGGAGCAUGCUUGCACACAUCUCUGUUCUGUACUGGUCUUGGCUUUGAGCAAUUGUUCAUAUUAGCAUUACAUACAUUUUGGUCCAUACUGUGUUUUUUGGCGAUAGGUUUUUGCACCGUUACGUCUGGAUCCAAGAGUUGUUGUGCUCAUUCGCGGAGCCUCAUUUCAGGUAAUACAGUUUUAAGUUUACUUUCUUUACCACUUUUGUUACAUUCAUUCAAAAACGUGACGUUUUACUUGACUUUUGAUCUAUCCGUCUUUUGAUCUUAUGAGGAUUGUGUGGAUAUUAAAAAUUACCAAAAAACCACUAAAACAAUCAAUCUCUGUUUCCGAAAGUGACUGCUCAAAUUUGGAGUGGAAUUUGUAAUUGUAAUUAUCUAGGUACUAUGAGAAAACAUUUGAUUCUGUGUGGCACGACUGACUUCUAUGCAAGCUUGUUAGUGUCUGAAAGAACCCCUAAAACAUUAUACUUAAAUUCAAAUCGUGCCUUUAAAACUAAGUCGCCACAGUCUUAAGUAAAUUUUUAAGUAUUAUAAGUCUCGCUUGCGUAAGCAGCUGGACUCAUAAUCUGCAACGAGUUUUCGCCUCGGGGGGUAUUCCCUUGUGUAGGCCAUAUAGGCAUAUGCCGCGCCAAAGGGUAUGUUUUUUAGCUGUUUUGGUCUGAAACAGGGUAUCAAUUUCGACCAGGGUAUGGUUUGUGCACUCGUCUUGAAUUGGGUUUUUUUUUUUUGGAAGAAUUAGCUACUUCUUCAUCAUUUGGAGAUAAGACCAUUUCCCUUUUAAUGUUUACGCCAACUACCGUGUACGUGCCGUAACAGCUUGUCACGCGCUCCGGUCACGCGCCGGGCUCCAGGGCUUCAGGUCUGAAAUAGGGUAUCAAAUUUUGAUCAGGUCUGAAACAGGGUAGGGAAGAUCACAGAUCUUGGUCUGAAAUAGGGUAAGGGUUUCAAGAAGCGUGCCGGACACUCCUCCCAAUUUUUCUGGAAGUAUCCCCCCCCGGGAUUUUUGGGACACAAAGGGCAGGUCAUUGUGCCAGGCGUCCUUGCGGAGACCGUGGAAACUGGAACUAAGAAUCUUUGCGCGAUCAAAGCCACGUACGUUUUGCGAAGAAAAGCUUAGGAGAGAUUAAAUUUAGAGCUUCUCCGAAACGUGUCGGACCACGAAUUCUGUCGCUUGAAAGCGUCGAUUACUUUGGAGCAAGGGAACACUACUAAGUGGUCGAAAAAAGAUAAGAAUCUUAAUUAGAAAAAUUGCGAUGGUCGGGUGUUUUAAACGUUCACUGUAUGCAAAUGAGUCUUGUGAUGAGCGUGCGAUUUAUUUUCGGCGAUUCAAAUGACGUGCCAUGUAAAUCACUUUUUCGAUAUCUGGCAAUGAUGUAAUUACUUUGGAAUCGAGGCCCUUGAAUUUUCGUGUAUCUAUAUACACCCGUAUAGGCUGCUACCGCAGAGGUAUUUUUGGGCGUCGCUAACACGCGUACUAAAUCAAUUCAGAAACAAAUAAAAAGUAUCGACGUCGAUAAAGGAGGAAGUAAAAAACCUUUAGCGAGUAAAUCGUGUUUCUUGUAGAAUUAAUCGCCUCCCCAUUUCUCGAUCUAAUCUCCAAGCAGGCGAGACCUGAAUGCUCCUGUAAGCGUUUUCUUGUUCUUUAAAUGAAAAGCAUUUUGGUUUUUUUGGUUUUUUUUUUGUAUUUUUUUCCUUUAAUUUUGAACUUAGAAUUAUAGGUAGGUAGCUGUUAUAUUUAAUACUGAUGGAAAUACCGUGUAUGAAUAAAGUUAUCUAUCUGCUUGAAAAUAGCCAAUCGCGGUCUUUUCGAUUCAGUAGAGGUGUGCGUAAAGGUUGCAGUUUAAGUCCUCUGCUCUUUAACCUAUAUGUUAGUAACUGAGCGUUUUCGUUCAAUAAUAUGUUAUCUGAUCCGUUUCUGCUACAAAAUAGCACCAAAAUCAACUCUCUUUUUUCUGCAAAGGACUCAAUUCUAUUAUCACGAUAAUAUUACAAAAUGUGCGUAAUCACUUACUCUUCUUGUAGUAACUCCUGGAUGCUUAAAACCAAGAAAAUGGUUUUUCAAAGAUGCGCUAAAAUGUUAUAUGUUUUUCACAUAGGUAAUGAAAUAAUAGACGUGUACAAGACUUGCAUCCCUUCUUCUGGAAAUUUUACACUUCGGCUUGAACACCUGUACUUAAUGCGGCGUUAUUUAGUUUAAGACGCCACGCUGAUUUUAGUAAGCUGAACCUUCUUUUGCAUGUAAAGGGUUUGAUACAAUGCUUCAACCAAUGUAACCUACAACAGUGAAGUUUGGGGUGCUUCUGUAAAAUCAGAUUUGAAGUUGUGGGACAGCUCCGAAAUUGAAAAAAGAAACACGUCUACUAUUCUGUAAACGCCAUGCUCCUUGCAGAGCUAAACUUUGAAGAUUCCCUCUGAUCCUUGACAUAAAAUAAAAAGGUUCUUUUAAAUUACUUAAGUUACCUCCAAGAAAAAGAUGAAGAUACUUUUAAUUAGUCUUUUGACCUUCAUUCAAUAGUUUACUCACCUGUCUUAUGACGAUGACUGACCACUAUAAUUUUUCUGACUAUAAUUGGCCAAUUUCGAAUUAUCAAAAUUAAUACUCGGCUCCAAGGCUGAGGAAAAUAAAACAAAAGAAAUUAAUUAUUAAUUUAUGUAUCUCAGUGUCAUUUCCUUUGUUCAAACAUUCAAUGUAUUUCAUUCAUGUCAUCUUGUUUCAAAUGGAGACAAACUUGUAUUCGGGAUAUUUACUCCUACUGUAUGAACAGUGGAAAAUAAUCAACGAUUGGUUUCAUUUUGUGUUAUUUUAAAUUAUUUUAAUUAGUAAUGGUAACAGGACUGAGUGGAGUCCAAUUCGGUCUGUAAUCAUACGAGUGAUUAACAAAAUCGGACGACCGCUUAGCGGGAGUCCGAUUUGUUUAAUCACGAGUAUGAUUACAGACCGAAUUGGACGACACGAAGUUCUGUUACCAAUUAAUCGUAACUUUAACAAAAUUUGUGAUAUAAUAGGCUAUUUUUUAAAUCAAAACACAAGAAAUUCGAAAUUUUGUUUUGCUAGCAGUGAAAAAAAAAGCCAUUUAAGCGCGCGCGUGAUGGCGCGUACUGUCCUACUAGUUAUAGUUGUCACUAAAUCUGCCCCCGACCUUUUAAAACCCGAAUGAAGACUCCUUGUGGUUGUCCAUGUAUUUGCCACGAACCUUUGAAAUGCAGUUUUCGUAUUAGAGUUUCUGAGUGUAAUUCUUUUGUUCUCUUUUGUGUUUUCUCAAUUAUUACACUUUGUUUCCUGGGUUAAUGAAAAUCCUCAUACAUGACAUGCCUAGGAUGGACAAUUGUUUUUUAUACAUCUCAUAAUGAGUUCAACCAACACUGCAAAUGUAAUAGAACGCGUGUUAAGCAGCAAAACCAUCUUUAAUUAUCGAUUUGUAACUAAAUUUCCUAUAACUAAUGUGUCGAACGGAUGCUUUGGCUUCGAGUGUGACAUUCUCGAACGCAACGUCGAACGCAACUGAUAUACAUGAUCGCAAUAAACUAACCCUACAAAAACAUGGACCACUGUUUCAAGUUUCUCACCUUUGAGAUAUUUCCCAGUUCAUUUUUUCUGGCAUGUCCUUGUAUCAAAUAAAAUAAUCGGGAUUUCGCAAUAAACUAACCCUAAAAACACAUGGACCACUGUUUAUUAAACCCUGAAUACCUUAAUAUAGAACAAAACCCGGUUAUUUUACGAUAGCACCUUUCUUGUCUUUGACUGGGUUUUGAGAAAUUUGAGCUAUUCCUGAUAUGGUUUGAAUCGAGUUUGUCGAUCCACGUUGACAAAACCAGUUUAAAGUUCUGUCGAUCCACGUUGCUGAUUUGUGUCUGACAAAUCAAGUUCUUUAAUACCAAACAAUUGCAGUACUGCUGAAUAACUUUUUAACUCUAUAGAAAUAUGUAUCUCGCAAUAACCUUCGCGAAACUCGGUUUGGUAACGGCACUCAAGUUAAGCCCUGUCGGUUGGGGUUACGAACUGGACGGGUGACCAACCGCGAAUAUCGUGUUAAAGGUCCAUACGUUGUUCUUUCUUUUCUUCUUCUUCUUCUUUUUUGCGUAUUAUGUAGUGUUAUUGUUAAUAGUGUAUUGAAAAGCAGAUUUAGCAUUAUUUCGCCGCCCGCAUUUAGAAAAAGACAAAAAACAAAGAACAAAUAUGGCCCGGUGCAGUUCGCCUGCAAAUUAUUAUUAUUCGGGCCGUAAUACGGAGCUGAAACUUUGCAGACUUUGAUCUAUAUAUCUGCGGGGAAACCGGCAAACUAAGAAAUCUGGGUUUUCGACAGUGUAAAACGAUCAUAAUUGCUUUGAUUCCAAUCUCCUGUUCCUCUGUCUGUUGUUGUCGGCGUUGCCUUCGCUGUGCUCAUCGAUGUUCCUUCUACUCCGCGGUUUCUUGUUGACGUCUUCUCCUUCGUUGUUCACGCUGAAUUUGAAGUCGGCGUUCUCGCUCUAGAGGAGUUUCGGUGGAAAAUCUUCCUUGGCGAGGAUUUGGAGCCACUUGUUGUGCUUGUGUGCGACACAAUUCGGCGAAUGCGACUCGUUGACAAACCGAGUUUGCGCGAUGCGCAGUUGCUGAGCCAGGCGCACAUGCUGAAAAUUAACCGGGACCACCGUGCGCGCCUAGUUUCAUCAAAUGGGGAAAGUUUCGCAUACUAACAGCCCGGACUAACAGUAAGACGAUACGAUAAUUCUUCUUUACGCGGGGGACAUUAGGGUGCCUCCUCAGGUUCCGGCCCUGCGGGGCCAAUUAAAUGUCCAAUUAAGGCUGAAAUCAGGGCAGUUGAUAGCCAAUCAGAUUUGACAAUUUUGUUAUAGUUAUGAUUAAUAAAAGAAUCAACAAUUGGAUAUAAGUAGCUUUUAACAAUACUUAUUUCUUUCUUAUGGUCAUGCAAAUAAAAAGUAUGGUUGUUGUUGUUGUUAUGUGUUUUUAUUACUUUGAUCUGUAACAUUCCAAAAAUUAUGAGCGGCAACCUUGAAAGUUAUUAUGAACACAGGAGGCCCUGCUUUAUUUUUGUGGAAAGCUGCUGGGCAUAGGAAAGUGUCGUUAUCACUUAUGAUCUUUUUUCUCAUUCCAUCAUGGAAGUGAUAGGGUACAUGUAUUUCAAUUCAGUUACCUUGCCGGCGUUAUUACUUGUCAGGUCCGGAGCACAGGUGGUCCAAGUCCACAAACAGCAACCUUGUUUAACGUCGUUAACGGAACUGUGGCAUCUGUCAGUAGCGUGGGACUCGUUAAAGCCCUGCACCUUGGUACAACUAAUCUAACUGGAUCGGUUCAGGCUGCUGAUGCUGCUAAAGGCCAAACAUUGUUUUACUCCAAGGUGAUUUAGUCUCAAGCGAUAGAACAAUACUUACUUGUCUCCAUUAAAAGGCCAUGGUGCCCUUGUAGGUAGACAUCAUUUUGCAGACUUCAGGUUGGAAAAUUUGUAAUAAUAAUGUUCCUCAGAGCCGUUUGAAAGACAGUUUAAUUUUUGUUCUAUGUCUUUCCCUUAUCCUUUCGUAAUUUCCUUUCUGACCUUCAUGGAGCGUUGACUUGUUAUUAGAUUUGUGAUGCUCUUGGAUUUUAUCCAAACGCCAAAGUAAGGAUUUUGCGAACAAGGGAUGGUUUUGAUUAAAACGUCUUUCUCACCGCUUAGUUGAAAUGUUAAUGAUGAUAACGUUUUUGAGAUAUUAUUACAUGUCUUUUUCUGCUGUUCCUAGGAUGUUAUCAUUGUUCACGUUGUACAACUCAAAGGAGUAAAAAUUAACGUGGCCUCCACUAACUUGGUUACUGAGACAAAGGUAUUUAGCAGCUUGAACUGAGUCGUACAGCAAUGUUGUGAUAUCUUUAACUUAAUUUUGUUCAUCUAGGUGUACCAAACAAACAUUUGAUAACUUUAGCGUACAAUAUUUGAUAUAAUGUUAUCUAGCAAUUAGCAUGAACUACUUUGUGAAUAAUCCGUACAUCUCGUAAUAUGUGGUCGAGCUAGUUGUUCGUAGGUCGAUUAGCGCUAACCCGGGGUUAAACUCUAAUCCAAGUUUCAUUUUUUUGUUGUUGAAAAGCAUUUUCAUUUCAUCAAAUUAUAGACAAAAAAACUUAAACUGAAUUUGCUUUUUAAGCUUUCAUUUUCAAUUUCAAUUUCGCACUAACCCUGGGUUACCUUAACCCAGCUUUGAACAACCCGGUCCAGGCAGCGAACAGCUUUUAACAGUCGUCGAAAAGUGUUGGAACGCCCAAGGUGAGAUUUCGUGAAUCCUUGCCAAACUUCAAGCUUCUACUAGUUACGGUAAUUCAUCGAAAACCUUCAGGUAGCAUUCUAACAAUUUCCAAACUUAAACGAACAACAGUUUCCGGGGUUUUUGAAAAGCAGUAAUGGAUUCACAUCCAUUCAAGUUAUUAGUUUGCUUUCUCCGUUCUUUCUUCUCAGUUUUAGAGAAAAGUCUUCUCUCCUUUUUGUCGUCUUCUUUUUGGACAGGUAAGCAUUUUUGCGUCUGGCUUGAGUGAUGAGACUCCAUUUACCUUUGCCAAUGCUAUGCUUGGGUUGAAGUUCCGCUGGAGUUCAUCCAAUCCGGAUGUGUGUCAAGUCAAGUCUGUGUACGCUCUGGUAAAUUACUCUACAACUUGUAUCUUACUACUAGUAUUGAAACUAAACCCUUUUUAUUUAUUACUCGUGUUACGUGGCCAAAACACUUGCGCCAAAUAAAAUUAAGUGCUUAUGAAAAAAGGAACUCUGUUUUAUUGUUCUGUUUUAUGACCAUUUUGCCAUUCACAUUAAAUAUACACUCAUAAUUUAGAAAGAUGAGGUAAGAGAGCCUAUGGAAGCCAAUAAGGCUUAUAAUAAUAUAUGACUUAAUUACUUAAAUGAAACACUGGCAUAGGCAAGACAAUUUAACCAAACACAUACAAUUUCUGUACAACCUAGAAAAUAAUCAUUAAAUAGGAUAACAAUAGUUAAAGCUGAACGUGCAGGUGCUUCCCUGGGUGCCAGAGGCUUUUCAUGCGCGGUUUCUGGUAUUUCCGCGCGAAGCUCCCCGUCGCACGCGAGAAAAAACCUCUGGUACCCAGGGUAUGCAAGUGCAGAAAAGAAAAAGAAAAAGUGAGACGAAAUAAUGCAAAAAUACGAGGGAAAAGAAGCGAAAAAGUACACGCAAGCAUUAAGAGAAGUUAACUAUACUUAUAUCAAGAAAACUGACCUUAGUGUAGAAGUGAACACAGCAAUACUAGAGGCAUUCUGAAUUUCAGAGCUAAAGGCAUUAAAUAUUUGGGCCCUUGAAAACCAUGUGAAAAUUUCCUUAAAUUUAUCCUACAGUGGCUAACUAGUGUUAUUUAUACGAAUGUGCGUCAUAGUUGAAUAAAAACAUGUCAUUAAAACUAUCAGGACGAAGGCCGUUUUUGUAGAGAUACGUAACUUUACCUAUAUGAAGUUUGAUAAUUUCUUCAAAUGUUAGAAUUCGUAAGGUCACAAAAUAGGAUUGGUAUCUGCAUCAAAAGUACUCCUGGAAAUUAUUCUGAUAACCGGUUUUUGAAGGGUAAUCAAACGUUUAAAAUUUGACUGAUAAGUUGAGCCCUAAACACUCGCACAGUAAUGUAAUCACAGAGAAGCUACUCUACAUAGCCGUGCAACUUAUGACUUUCCCUAGCAAAACUAGCUGAACUAAUACAUCGAGUGUCAGGGCAAGCAGUCGAACAGGACUGUAGACGCAACGCUGAGAUAAACGGCUGCGUGUGAGAUUAAAUAAAUUAAUCUGAACAGUAUUCAUUUCAUUCGAAGGUUCAGAAGUUUUAACAAAUGUUUUACUAAAAGUUGACCUCUGUAAUUGUCUCUGUUGUUGUUUUUCUCUUGAUUUUUUGUUUUCUUUUUUUGUCUAUGACUGAAGAGUGGCGUGGCUGUUGAAAGUGAGAAAGACUUUCGAGUGGACCUCCACUGCACUAAUCCAGGCCAAACGACUAUCACACUCAGGUUGGAGAUAACUGACCAAAGAUAUCAACAGGCUCACUCACAGGCCUUGUUUCGAGAUGAUGUUACAUUUGACGUAAGAGACCCAAAUUCCUUUUUCAUACUAUUCACAAAUAUUUUCAUCUACCCAUCCACAGUUGUGCAAAAAUUGAUUUUGCGCUGGGGCAAAUCUCUGAGUCACUAAUUUUGUCUGAGUUAUUAGCCCCCGGGUAGAUAAUUCCUCCUAGCAUGAAGUUAAAGGAAAUUUAACGCAGCUAACAACAAGGAGCGGUCUCUUGUUGUCGGUCAGCGGUCAGUGUGGUGGCGCAGCGCAGUCAGCCUUGCUUGUAUCAGCUCCAUGUGCUUAGUGCGAUGCUUCCAUGGUGGUCACUCGCUUUGUUUAGCCUUUGGAUCGUGCCUUUUUUCCCCUCCCCUUCCCUCCCCUACAGAGAGGAGAAGUUGUUACGUCACGUUGCCAUGGUAGCAAAAUUUUUGGAUGAUCAAAGCGGAAACGACACUUAAAAAGUGUAUUCGCACAUGUUGGCGAAAUUCUCUAGGUUUGAAUCCGAAAGUACCGUAUCUAAGUUUAGAAGAGGAAAAAGACAACUUUUGUGUUGUGUUCACCUACUCCAUAAAGCAAGCAUGUGAAAUUGGGAAUUUUCCGGUCGCAUGGGCGCAUCGACGGCAAAAAAAUGUGCAAAAUAGCUCGAUGCACGUGUAAAUUUGCUGUUUUGUCACUAAAAGCCUUUUACUUUUUUUGCCGUUCUCCUUCUGUCGCCGUCGUCGUUGGUUUUGUUGUCAUCCAGAAAUAGUGCUACCAUGGUGACGUGACGACAUACUUCUCUCCAUUCUCCACUGAUAUAUCAGUGUGAUAGGUGCCUGGUUCCAUUGGCUUAGGGGCUUACUGGCUGGAAGGCACGGGUUUACCAGCCGUGGGGGCGUAACUCUGUCCAGUUGCUGGCUUUGCCAAAAGUGGAAGCUUCUGGACAUCUCGGGCACCCACCUCCAUUGAACGUCGCAGUUGUUAACGGCUGAUUUUUAGAGGAUGAACAAGUUUUAAGGACAAAAAAUUCCCAGAAAACAAUUAGGGAAGAAUUUCAGACGAUUGUUUUGUUAUAAAACAAUAACUGCAGUAUUAAGUGUUCUUGGGUCUACGAGACAUUGCAACAUUUCAUUUUGUCGUUGGUAAAGACAAGGAAAUCUAACCUGCAUCUCAGUAUUUUGUCGAUGACGUCUUUAGGUGUAUCAAAGACUUCAGCUGAUCUUUCCUAUAACUGGUUUUAUGUUGUUACCUCACAACGUGAACACGAGACUUAAAACUAACAGGUUUGUGAAAUGUGUGUUCUUGUCUAUAUUACUAAUAGAUCAAGUAUUCUUCCGCAUUAUCGAAAACAUACUCCAGCGAGACCUUUCUACUGAACCGGUUUCGGUCGAAUGAUAUCCUGGUUUAUAGGUGCAUUAUAUUUUUUGACGUCGGAGUUUAUUUCACUUGCUUUAUUUAAACUUGUCCCGGGUGUUUAAUGUCUCGAAGUUGAUUAAUAUGUCAUCUUUCUCAAGUUCGAGAUAUCCCAUGCAUAAGUCUUUUAUUUUUUUUCUCAAGACUUGUGUUGCACCAAUAAUCAUUCUACUCCUUCAACUUAAACCUGAUUAUAAUACUCUUUUUAGGGAUGGGUCGGCAAGAAUUACUUACGAGCUUAUCACAGAUUGUUCUCAACGUACAGUGGCAUCCAACAGUCCAGCGGUGGUGUCAGUCAAUCGAGGAGGUCAACUGUCCACUUCAUCAGUGUCUGGAACAGGUGUUGUGUUGGUGACUAUCCAUGAAGAGUUUGGCAUCAAUCAAACUGCCGUUGUGCAUGUGGAGGUAUAUCAACCCCUAUUGUUUCACAACCGUGGCUUGUUUGACAAAACUUUGAACUUCCUUUCAUCUUUAUUUAGGGAACAUCUAUAAAAUCCCUUUUUGAAUACUUAAUCCACUCGAAACGGUGGUUUGAAUGCGGUUUUCUUUUUACUAACCUUAGGUUCUGAGCCUGCUUUCCACUUGUGUUUAUUGAGAGGCCAGAACGCUUCUAAGUUUUUUCGUUAUAGUACAAGCUUUCUACAUACAUUUUAAAACCAUUGUGUCCUUCUAACAAAGAAGUUGAAAACAAUUGCAUCCAGGUGAGACUAAGCUUACACAGCUGAUUUAUGGCUUCGAUGUCCAGCAAAGCCGAACUAAUGUAUAAAACCCGAAAGGAACUCUUUUUAAUUGGGGGUUUUAACCAAGAUAUGUACAUGAACUUUGUCGAAAAUCGACUUCCUAAUAAAAAUCUAGUUGAUUUUCGUCAUCGGUUGUGCUUCUUAAACAAAAUAACGGAGCUGACAAGGGUAACAGAUAGAACAAAGAGCUUACUUGAUGUUAUUCUGGUCAGUCACUCAGAACGCUACAUAAUUUCGGGUAAUUUGCAACUUGGUUUAAGCGAUCACGAUCUUUGUUGUUAGGAAAAGUAAACUUCUACUCCCAAAGCCAUGCUUAAUUGAAUAUCGCAGCAUAAAGAACUUUGACAAUGCGGAAUUCUUGACCGAGUUAAAAAACGCCCCUGGGGCACAACGCAUGCGCCGGUCAAGAAAAAAUGGGUGCGCAGUGAUCAAUUACCCUGGAUCUCAACUGAAAUUCAGCACGAAAUUGCCCGGCGCAAUUGGCUGUUUAAACGCUACAGGAAGAACCCAACUAAUAAUCUCUGGGUUGCGUAUAAGCAACAGCGUAAAUAGAAUACUGUAGUCCCCUCCUGUUAGGGGUGGGGAAAUUCCAGGCCAAUAAAAUUGAAGACGCGAAUCAUUAUUUAUUAAGGACACGGGAAAUCAUUGUCUUACCAAGAACUCUUAAAUAUAUGUAAGUUGGACACUUUAGAGUGUAGGAAAAAGCAGCAAUCUCUGAUCCUAUUAUUUAAAUGCAUUAGGAAUAUAGGGCCGAAAUACAUUAAGAGACUUUUUUAGCAUAAGGGAAACGUCUUACAGUUUAAGAGGAAAUGGAAAUCUUUGCGUUCCCAAAGGUAAUCUUAAUUUUAUGAGGAACUCUUUUACUUACAAGUGCGCUCAGCUAUGGAAUAUACUUCCAGAAGAUGUCAAGCUGGCCAAUGAUGUUAAUAUUUUUAAGUCUAAGCUAGGAUCAAUUUAGUUGUAAUUUGUAUGUUCUUAAAUUUUUUUGUAAUUUUUAUAAUUUUUUAUGUUCAUGUGUACAUAGAUUAUAGAUUACAUUUUUUUACUAGAUAUUGUUAUUAUUAUUGUAGAUUUAAUGCACGUUCAUGUUUUGAACGAGCACUUGUGCUCUUAGACGAGAACGUGGUUAAAUAAAUUGUUGUUAUUGUUGUUGUUAUUGUUAUUGUACACAUCAAAUAGUAUUAUGUAAAAUAAAAGGAAAGGCUUGUUAAAGAAUACUCACUUGCUGUCCGACGUUAACACCAUUUGUAGGUCAAAGCAGUGUCAUCAUUAUCCAUCACAUGUCAGUCUCCUCCUGUCAGAGCAAACUCAGACGAGUUCCAGACUUUCCCUCUGGGUAUGAAUGCGUUGUUCGCUGUAACUUUGCAUGACAAUAUUGGACGGGAAUUUGCUGUUGCUAGUAUUCCUCUAAAGUACAGAUUGAACAGGCAAGUUGCUAAAUUAAAGAAGAUUAAACUAUUUAUUACAUUACCAGAAGAUAACAUCUUGUUCUAAAAUAACCAUUUAUAGUAGAGGUUAUGGAAAAAAAAAGAGAGAACCUUUUAUGUAAUUGAAUUAGAUAUCUUAAAGUAGUUUUUACCAGGUUUUAUGCAGUUUGUUUUUUAAGUACCGAAAGUAAUUUUAGUGUUCAACAUAUUUUUUUUGUUGUUGUUGUUGUUUGUUUUUUACGCUGACGAAAAUAGCGGCUAUUGAUUUCGGCGCUACAUAAAAUUUGUUAUUAUUGGGCAAACUGAAUGUCAAAGAACGCACAUCCCGCAUACAACUUUUCAAGUAUUGAGUCUUGAGUGAAGUUUGCAGCGGCCAAUAUGUAUGUCGUAGUCUCAUCCGUUCAGAAGCCCUUUAAAAACAUUGAGACGUUUAUUAAAGGACUUGAGUAUAGGACUAGGAAUUUGUUUUCACUUUCUGGCCUUGCAUACGGUGGGUAAGAAUUUGACUCCAGGUGCAUUCGCUUUAUAUUUGAGAAAAAAAAUUAAGCGAGUUGGAAUUACCGUACAGCAUCAAGGAACUCAAAUUGAAUUUGCCAUAGGCGUUUUUGCUACCGUCACGUUACUCCCUACUAGUGUCCUUACACACGAUUCGCUGCCUGCAUCGGAUGCAGGGAGUGAUGUGUGCUCAUUAGUUGUAUUUGUGGUAUCAGUCAUUUACGACGCUUCGGAUCCCUAACCUGAUGCAUGCACUUAUUUUGUUGUGGAUAGGUUUGAUGCUGUCCAUGUUGCACCUGGACCUGAAAAUGGCACAUUUUAUGCUCGAGCAAUGAACUUCGGAGAAGCCAUUCUUAAGGUCAGUAAAUAGUAAAAAUUCGGUUUAGAAAGUUCAGCGUCUAAAACGAAAAUAUUCAAAACCACAGUGACCUCGUUCAUUACGCAUACAGGGGAAAAAUCCGCAAGCUGGAAGUGCAAGAUGAAGUAAAAAUGAAAAAUUAUACAAAUAACACAAAUCAACACACAGUGUUCAUAAAUAUACAAUAAAGUAUGGACGUGUAAAAAUGAUCGCCGUCCGGAAGUGUGUACAACGUUUUAUUCGCAUGCAUGGAAAGUAGUGCGUCAUACCUGGGGCAUGGAAGAAUGGGUCUCUAGCCAUGCAUUCGAGAAGUUAUAAGAAAAUGCACACAAUAGUGGCGGUAAUUUAUCCGGCGCGAAGAAUUAUGGGGUAAAUGUCAUUAUGUUCUUCUUUUGAAUUGAAGAAAGAUCCUCACUGUUAUAUACACCACUUGGUCAGAUUUAAACCUAAAGAAGAAACGAUAGUCAUAACAUCAUACAGUACUCUCUCGACAUCAGUGGUCAUAGUAAUUUUACAGGACGCGGGUGAUAUAUAAAUCUAGUUUAUGAACUUGCUGGGUCCCUUAGAGUGACUCCGUAUCUCAGCUGGUACAGGCGCCCGCCCGGUGUUUGGGAGAUCAAAGGGAGGAAACUCCUUUUUUUUUGCUUUUUGUGCCCCGCUUGAAACGUGACGAUUAUCACAUCUUCCCUUCCACCACCGAACUUGAAAUUUAAAGUUACCCACCUCUCUCUACCGCAAAAGCGAUCCCCUGAAGUCCUCACAAUACGUAAACGUGAUUCAGGAACGAAUGACGUACAUUUUAGAUCGCUAGAAAACAAAUGAACGGUUUAGGCCGCGAGGAGAUACCCCUCUCAGAGAAACGCAUUGUUGGGCUUUUAAACUAAGCAACAGAUUUGCUGGGUACAUUUUCUACAGUGGCAAGGGUUUUUAGCAAAUUAUACGCUAGGAAGACUGCAUUUUCACAUGCAUAAAACCCUGUGUUGUCUCUCUCUAGGUGUGGGAUCCGAGCGCAGCGGACAUAGCAGACUACAUACGCAUAAGGGUAGGACAUGGUCUGACUCCGUCGAAAGCCACACUGUUACUAGGAACGGUACAGCAGUUCAGCACUAGUGUUAUAUCAGAAGGUACUAUUAGAAAUCAGUCGAAACAAAAAAAAGAUACUUAUACAUUAAUCACGUGUGUAUGAGCAUGCGCUUGUGUAGCGAUGGGUCUUUAUUUGAUGCAACUUUCGCUCUUUAAGUUACUACGGCUAUACACCGACUUUUAAUAUGCGAUUAAUCUUCGUGCUCUUCACACAAUUUAUGCCAUAGACCCAGUUACCAUCAGGAAUUUAGUGGAAUAUCUCCAUGUUUUACUAUCUUGUAGUAUUGUCAAGGUUAGGAUGAUACCUUCAGAAAAAGACGAUAACAUGGGGGGAAGUAAUCUUUGUAGUCAUUUUAUUUGUAUAGAAGUAUAUUAUUUAGCCGACGUAGCCGUUUAGUCAGAAGCACGGAAUUUUUUUUUUGCCCAAAUAUAAUCAGAGAAUUCAAGGCUAAAAACUUGGAGCUUGUUACGCUUAUACAUGUAUUUCUACCACCGAAAGAAAUCGUUCCGUGGCAUAAAAGAUGAAGUAAUUUUGCUGCUAUAAAAUGCAACCCUGGGAACACAUAAAGAGCCACAAUGUUAAACGGUAUGGCUUGAAAACUUCGACCAGCGACGAAGUAAGAUAAGGCUGUUUACAUUUCUUCACUAUAUCACGAAGCCUCUCGCCGAAAUCAGCAAAAUUCAUCUGCAGUCUGUUUGACCUCAAGCUACUAGCUGCAAACCUAUCUACCAGUUAUCUGUAGCUUCUGUUCUCAUUCAGUAAAACCAGCAUGGUGACUACAAACAAAAUGAUAUGGCAAGCUUUGCAGAAGCGUUGUGCAAGGCGACGAAGUCGGAACGGAAUCUUUUUUUUUUUGGAGUUUAGAAUUUUGAAUUCUUUCAGAACUGUACUCGAACCAAUUACAUGAUUAUGGCAGUUUUGAUUAGACUUGUGACGUGUAAAAGCUUGUUUUCGUUUUGGGGACAAAGAAAAGUUUUAAGCUGCAAAAUUUACCUUCGGGGAAUUCGACCUUGUUUCCUUCACGGCGAAGCCCCUGUCCUUUUCUGAACUGCGACCAAGUCAGCAAAGUUUUUAAAGAUUUUUCGGGUACAUUUUACACAUUAUGCUCUUGGAAAGUACGUUAUUGAAAGGAGAUUUAUGUAUCUGUAAAUGUUUCAUAGACGUUUAAUAGGUUUUUGAUAGAGUUUUAAAGAAAAAUUGGGAAAUGUGCCCGAUUUGAGACAGAUUUAGUGUCAAUUUUUGCCAUGUGCGCAGCCGAUUUUACUUUUGUGAACGGAUCCACUAUACAGUCAGUGUUACGUGAUUGCUUUUAACGGUAAACUUAUGGGUUUUCGAUUAAAAUUUUUCAAGAAACAAUUUGUCUGUCUAUUGUUUUCUGUUUGCUCAUUUAUAAAAUUAGUUGAAAACAUCGUCGUGAGACAGCAUCUAUGUAAGCAACUUGCAUUUCAUUCUUCUUAUUUCACGCAUCACUUCUGCGAAGAUGUCAGCGAAUUUUAUACAAUUUUUACUUUCGAGUUCAGCAGCUAGUUUAUUAGAAAAUAUGUUACUAGUUAUUCUAGAUAGAUAGAAAGUGAUUUUUUUAAGGAUAUUUGCGCUAAUGGUCACCCAAAAACCCGUUUUUGAAGUGACAACUUCAAGAAAUCGCUUCUCGUACGGUGCAUGUCAUGAGUAGUCGACUUUGUCCUGUUCGGAGGAAGUCAAUCCUGGUCAUUUGGGUCUGAAUAAUAUUCCGUUUUUCGUCAAAUAGUUAACCUCGUAAAACAGUAGUUGCCUUUUGCAGUGCAUCAUGUAGAUCUCGAUACAAGUUUUCCCAAGCACUUGCGCGAUAAUCUCGUUCAUCAGUAAUUCCAUAUUGGGAAGUAAAUUUUGAUUGAUUCCCUAAAAAUCCGCGGCAUUGGGACAGAGUUAUACGCUUCGCGGUUGUAUGCUUCUGAUUUGUAUUAACCUACAUUUGAUGGCAUUGUCUGAUAUCCUGUUGGAAUUUGCUAUCCUAUGACGGUUUGUUUAGCAGUGGACAUUAGAAACUACUUCUUUUUAGUUUGUCUCAACGUUCUGAUAUUGUCUACACCACCAGUUUUUUCCUUUUAAAGAAGCUUUACAGACCCGAACGAUCUCAUUAGUUAGUCAUCUGAUACACCUGGGUUCAAAGCAAUGGCCGAAACAUUUUGCUCAGUUAUUUUUUGGUACGAAUUAAAAUUUAGCGAGUUUAUAUGUAAGUAUAAACUUUUUUAUGAUUUGUAGUUCUUUUCACUUAUAAUACCAAAUGAGAUGUCCAUAUACCUUAGUUCAAUUAUCAAUAUCAAGGUGGAAAUUUAUCAGGAAAGGCAUUCCGUAUAAUUUGUCUCUAAUACUCCAAUUGAAAAUUCGUAUUUUUUUGGCACAACCUUUAUUUCCGUCAGAAAUUUCAGGCUUUCCUGUUUCACACCUGAAAAGCGACAAAAUUUCACCCAUCGAGUCACGCCUGCAAAACGUAACUCAAAAGGGCCUCAAAAGGUCCAUGGUCAUUUUUUCGUACUAACAGGAAUUGUUCUCCAAUUUAAGGUGUUGGAGGUGUGUGGUCUUCCUCAAAUAGCCGAGUAAUCAACAUCAACUCGACAACUGGCGUCGCUGUGGCAACAGCGGCAGGAACAGCUAUUAUUUAUUACAGGAUCCCAGAACUUUAUUCUGCGCAGACGGAAGUCAAAGUCGAGAGUUUGACUUAUAUCCGUGUCAUCCCAGAUGACUCUUUGAUUAUCACAACCGUCCAACGUCAUGAUGGCCGAGGUUUUGUCAUUCCCGUCAGUUUGGGUCACGAUACGCUUUCUGUAGAGGAGACAUCCAAAACUUCUGGCCUUCCCGAUGGAAUACUGCUAUAUGAAGGCUUGGGAGCUCAGUAUUCUAUUCCUGUCCACUGCAUUCUUAACUCGGACUAUGGUAAUAACUUCUUUGGGGACAUAAACUUCUACGAUCCGUACGACGUUUUUGAGGUCAAGCCUGGACUAUUUAAUGGCAAACUGAUGUGUUACUUGAUUCCAAGAAUUUUGACAGCAGAUGUCGAGCAUGCUGUAAUUAUGAGCGAGGCGAAGCUCAGCCUUACUGUUAAGGUGUUUGAUGAGAUUCACGGACGCAGCAUCUCAUCAGAGGCUACAAGCCUGCCAUUUUUACCUCCCUUCCAGCUCGGGGAUACUGAACUGGAGUUAACAGCUGACACAAGAAAAACGACUAUCACUGUUGUAGGCACUGCUGAUCAGCUAAAUAACCUAGAGGUAAGAGAUUUCCUAUUACUUUUGAAUAAAAAGAACAUGGAGUAAAUAGACCGGUUAAAAUAUUUCACUCCCAGAGUCAGUCCUUCAUAUUUGUUACAUGAUUUUUAAGUCUCAAGCUCAUAUCAAACCUCAUAGCUCAAUUACUCAAUUGGAAGCUGCAACUGCUUCUCACUUGGCAUUGGUAAAAUGUUUAUAAUACAGUCAACUCCCUUUAUAGCGGACACUAUAGGGACCUUAAGUUAGUGUCCUCUGUAGCGAGAGUCCGUAAUAGCGGGAGUUUAUUUCAGUCAAAUGUCUGUAAUUUAUUUUUGUCCGAAAUUUAUCUGCUGUCCGUAUUAUCGAGGUGUCCGUUAUAGCGGGGUGUCCGCAAGGCGAGAGUUGACUGUACAGUAAAAGCCCACAUAUAAGAACCCAGUGAUUUGAGAACUUACAGGCUGAAAUUUGGCACCAAGUAACCCAAAAUAUAAGAACCUGUUCAGCCUAGAAAAGAAAAAUACGUUCUUAUACAAAAAAAUCACUCCAAUUUUGAUCGUCAAAAUUCUGGUUUUUAAUUGUGUGAGAAACUUCUGACAAAAAGUUAUUGUGUAUAUGUUUUCUUUGAUUUACGUUUGUUUGGAUUUUCACAAGAAAUCUGUUUUCCAUAAACCAUUAUGUAUCAGUAGCACAAUUUUUCUGCUAAGGGCUACACUACAACAACCUCUGAAAAAAAAACAACCUAUUAAGAACCUAAUUAGCCGGAAUUGUGAAGAACUACCCUAUAAUAUAAGAACCUGUUCAGCCUGACCCCCAAAAUUCUAGGUUCUUAUGUGUAGGCUUUUACUGUAUUUGGACUUUCUAAUGUGGUGAACUGUAGCUGAAGAUGACUGAUCAGUACAGUACCUGUGGUACCGUUUGUUUUAAAAAAUAUUCCAUAUUCAGGGCUCGAAAUUAACUUUUUCGUUCGGGAGCCAGCUGGCGACUAACGGAAAAAUUUUGGUCGCCAGAUCGUAAAUUUUGGUCGCCAACUUAUUUUGUAUAUAACUUACACAAGAACACGAUUUUAUACGUUACUUUGCACGCAAGAAAAGUCACAACUGAAGAGCCAAAACAAUUAGAAACAACAUGAGUAACACUUAGUUAUAAAGCUACCGUUGUUCUCAGGUUAUAUGUCUCAGGUCCGAAGGUGAUGGUUGUCCCCAUAGUCAUUUUAAAUGAAGCGAAGCAUAAAACGUUUUAAGUCCGUGGUUUUCAUUCUGAGACAAACACGGGUCCUCGCGUAUUUGCCCUUUGCUACUUCUACGAAAUGGCGUUCUUUAUUUUCGACUUGCUUUCCUCGACACCUUUCGCUGCCGACAAACAACGCCAUGCUUGGCCCAGGCCUCUACACAACCACAUUGCUCGUACCAGUCUCCGACCGGGAGGAAACAUAAAUGGGCUAAGUGCCGUUUUUCGGUCUUCGUUUCAUUUUAGACAGAACGUUGUAGGAAAAUAAAACCUAAAAUAUUGCGGGAGUUUACGGAAGCACCCGCUUGAAUUAAAUCGCUAUCUCCUUACCUUAAAGUAUAAAGAAACGUUGUUAAGAACUAUUCACUCAGGUACUUUUUCUAUUAGUGAUAGUUAUAUCCAUUUAUUAAUCGCCCACUUUCCCUACAUCAACAACUGAUGAAGGAUUCAAAGUUUGUAUUAACCUUUUGGCUGAAUCUUCAUUCCCCGUACGUAAAUACUCACGUAUUUCCUUCAACUGAUUUGUAUCUGCCGCCAUUUUCGCGGCAAAUGAAAAGCACAUGGUGUUGAAGUGCGCCUGCGAUCCCAGGUUCGGAAGAAGCCACUGAAACAAUAUGGCGCGCCGUGAAUGCAGUUUCGACGUGUCGAAAUACGUUCAAUUUUUUCGAUUAUCUUGUAAUAUUCAGACAUUAUUUUACUGGGGACGGAAAGGUGAGUUGUAUACUAGCUACCAUAUCCGAUUGAUUUCCUAAUAUAAAGAUUUAAAAACAAAAGUUGUGUCGUGGUUUUCUUUAGCCAUCAGACAAAACGCGAGUCGCCAGUCCUAAAUUUUUGGUCGCAUUGGCGACCAGUGAGUCGGAAUGUUGAGCCCUGCAUGUUGAAUUUUCGAUGUUUGCGUAAUUUUGUUUUUAAUUUCCCGAUUUUAGAGCUUACCGGUUUAUAAAGUAAUUUUAGGAUCGUCAUUUCAUUUUUCUUUUUUCACCAGGUAAGGUCCCAGGACUCAUCACUAGUAGACCUCUCAUACCUAUCUCGUACGGGGGACAGACGAGUGGAAUACGCGAUAGAAGUGAUAGGACAAAAUCCCAAAUCAUUUAAGAAAUUAUGGGUGGAAUUUAAAAGCAAGCUAACGGGCCAGCGAGCGUUAGUGUACGUCUCCUACUCUGCCCCUUAUGGAGGUGCCGUCCCUAUUUUGUUGCCAGGUGGAGGCGAAAGCGGGCAACAGUGUCCGACAGCCACAGGAACACCAACCGACAGGAGUUUUCAAGGUUUCCUUCUAACGCUACUUGGCCACACAAGUGCUUGGAUCAUUGGUUUCUCCCUCUUUAUUGGCUUGCUCAUUCUUGUAUUGAUCCUGUGCUGCACACCAAGGCACAGGGAUGUUGGUCCAGGUGGUGUUACGACGAGUCCUGUUUCAAGCGCCUACGGUGGUACCCCAUUUCGUGGGAGCUCAUACGGCCAGGAACCAUAUCGUGAAUCCCCUGCGGGAACCUAUUCUGCUGGAAGACGCCCCUAUGUUUUUUCACCAGGGGCAGGUGAUAUAUCAUCAGGACGAUCUAUCCCCGAGGAAAACGAUGAUACUCGACGAGAGCGUCUUGCAACAUACAGGCGUACCCAUACUACCAGCCGUGCCUUUCUAUCUGAAGAAGGUUCUCAAACACCCGGAGGUUCACUGCCUUUAGGUCGCGUAUCUCCGAGUAAAUCUCCUGGUCUUUUCAGUGUUACCCAGUAACACAGUGGAAGUUAUUUGUUUUAGGGUUGGGGUUUUGAUAUAAAGAAGGAUUAGCGUGGUGUGAUAUUUUCCAUUUAUGGCAAUCUCAGUUUAAUAAGACAUCUUUGGUCAUUUCCGUGCUCCUUAGAUUUCAUGAGAAAGGAGCUUUCUCGCUUGUUCGCGUGCGAUAACCGGAUAUAUUGGCAAGAAAAACUACUGUAAGCUCUUGCUGCUUGUGGACGCAUGUCUUCCUUUCAUAGUCUUUUAUGACAAGGAAGUCAGUAAUUUCUUUUUGUCACGUCAAAGCAGAAGUGGCGUUUACCGAGUUGUUUUGCUUAGAUGUACUGUGUCCAUUAUGGGGUUACGGUCCAUGCAUCACCUCACUUUAAGAGGAAUAGCAAUGCGUUUCUCUCGUAGGCUAUCAUAUUUGAAUUACAUUUUCGGCCCCCCUGAUUCGCCAACAUAUUUAUUUAUUCACCAGGCUUAAAAUUCACCACCUCUUCAACUAAGGAAAUGCCACCUAUUGGACAUUUCAAUUGCAACAGUACGUGAACAUUUAGGUCGCAGGUUCAGCUGGCUCUGGGAAAACUAGUUAUUUUUUCCCAAGUCGGCUGUGUUUUUGACAGAAACCCAUCAUUCUACGUUGUCUAUGCGGUAAGAGUUAUAAUUAAUACUAACCAUGACUACAAAAAUCGCAUUGUUCUAAUCUACUGAAUAUGGUACACUAGCACUGCAAAUAAAGUGUGAUCAUUGCUUUCUUUUUCUCGUCGUUUACUAAACCAACAAUUCGUAUUUCUGGGUACAAUUUGAAUUAUUGUUGAAAGUAAAAAAGAACACAUUCACAAGUUAACCUCUCCUUCCUACAACCCUUCUAAAGUCGAACAUUUAGUCAUGCAAUCUCUUGUUCAAUUCAAAUGAAUCUCUUUGGCAGAUAUUUUCAAUAGCACUUUUCACUUUCUGCAUCUUGUGGGAUGAAAUCUGAAGCCUGUCUUGAAUGUUCGACUUUGGGUUGUCUAAGGAGUGAAGGGACCACUGUGAGAAGUAUUUGCCGUCAUUGUACUAUUUCUUUUGAAACAUUAAAUCGCUGCUUCAGAAAGCUCAGUUCGGAUGUACUUCGUACGUUAGCUCUAGGACUUGAUUUUAAUGAACUUAUAACAAAUGGAAAAGCUUUCACUCUUGUGCGAUAUUCUAUUAACAAAAACAACCUUAUUGUCGGUCUUUUGUAGUAGGUUUGUCUCGAUAAAAUAUACUUGGUAAGAUGAUUUUCGUCCUUGUCAUUAGUCCUGAUAUUGUGCUUCUGCUCUUCAACACUGCUCCUAUGUACAAUAAGAAUUCCUAUUGGCGGUGAACAAUAAAUUUAAAAAUUGGGAAGAA